AUGAGGAGGACUCUGCUGUUACUGCUGGCCUCUCUGGCUGUUGGAUCUCUCUUUUCUUUAGCUGAUGGAGCUCCAAUGUGAGUAGCAUCCCUUCCCUAACUUAUUCUACCUGAGCUUAAUACUCAUUAGUGAAAAACAAAGCUAUAAACUGUUCAUUAGUCAGUUCAGCUCAUGAAAUGUAAGUUGUUCAUGAAUGUAUUUUCAGAGCAGCAACAGCUAUCAAGGACUCUGAUGCAUGUGAUCGUUAUAAAAUAUAUUGAAACCAUUCUUGGUUGACUUAGUCUCAUUUCAUGUCUUACAUAACAAGAGGCUGUGCUCCAAUUUGCAGCUUGUCUAACUUUAGCCAAGGUACCAUAGUCUGAGUUUGCACAGAGACACUGAGCAGAGUCUACAGCCAUUAUGAAAUGUGUUGAUUUAGAACUGGAUCUAAAUCAAGAUAAUCAAUAGAUUACUCAUUGUUGGCAAAGUGCAGGAACUAUUGAAUUGUUUUGUUGAUUUGGGGAAUUGAAACUUAAAUUCGCAGGCUUCAGAGAAUCAAUACUCAACCUCAAAGAUUGGGUCACACCACUAAAAGGUCAAGGGCCACAAAGAGGAAUCAAACAUUUAAGAAGAUUUUUUCAGAUUUUCUACCAUUAUCCUUUUUUUGCAUGAGAAAUAUUAAAACUUCUCAUUUGUUUAGGUAAAUAAGAAAUCUUCCAAAUGCACAACAUUCUGAACAUACUCAAUACAGCCAACACCUCUUUUGUAAAACGGGCUCCCACCUCCUAUGGAACAAAAACACAAAAAAAGCACUGACAGAAAUGUUAUUCACAAAUAUUACAUCUUUAUAUUGUUACUUAUAAGGAUUCCAGUGCCUAUAUGUUCUUGAGAAAAUGAAAAUAAGCUGAGGUCAUGCCCAACAUAAACUGAAAAAGUCUAUCUCUCUCUUUUCAUUGUAGGCAGGUGCUGUCCGCCCCUAACUUGUUGCGUGUAGGAACAACAGAGAACAUCUUUGUGGAGUGUCAGGACUGCACAGGAGGUGACAUUGGGGUGACAAUCAACGUGAUGAACCAUCCAACAAAAACAACAAGGCUGGCAUCAAAAGCUGUCUCCCUCAACCUUGCAAAUAACUUCCAGGCCCUCGGACAAAUUACGGUAGAUGAAAUAUUGUUAUGUAUAUUACAAGGAUCUUCAGAUACCGAUUUGCACUUAAAACAUGCCACCCUGCUUCUUCUAAUUAGUUUGUGUAUCUUCAUCCUGGUUUCAGGUCCCCCCUGAGCACUUUAGCAGGGAUCCAAACAUGAAGCAGUACGUGUACCUGCAAGCUCAGUUCCCUGAUCGCCUGCUGGAGAAGGUCGUCUUAGUGUCCUUCCAGUCUGGGUACAUCUUCAUCCAGACUGACAAGACCCUCUACACCCCCAACAGUAAAGGUACAGCCAAAAAAAUAUAACACUGAAUGAAUGCCAUGUUUGCUUGUGGAAGAUUUUUACAGAACACAUGGAAAACUGUGAGUUUAAAAUUCAAAGUACGAUUAGAAUGAUUAACCUUUUUCCUGAUUUUUUUUCAGUUCAUUACAGGAUGUUUGCACUGACACCAAAAAUGGAGCCUGUGGAGAGGGGUGAAGACGGCGCAGCUGAUGCUUCUAUUGCCAUUGAAAUUGUGGUAUGAUGUCUUAUCAGCAGAAAGCACAGAACUGAGUGCAAAUACAUCUAUCAGUAAACACCUCCUGGAGAGCAUAUUUCAUACACUAUACAGAAAGUGUUUUUUUUUACUCUGAGUAUUUAAGUAACCACAACCCUGCAGUUUUAGAUUACAAUAAAUACAUGUCUCCCUCUGGUGGUUGAAACACAUCUUAAUGGCAGUGGAAGAGCAGCAAAUCUAAAUAAUAAUUCAAUAAUGUCAAUUUCUUCAGCAUAUGUAUCAUAGACUAAUGAAUGACAGUGAGAUGUAGCAUGAAUUUACUGAAUCAAUGUUUUAACUUCAAUCGCUCAUGGUUGGUUAAAGGUGAAUACUAUUCCUUUUUAGACACCUGAGGGCAUCAUUUUACCACUUGAUCCAGUCUCUCUAAAGUCCGGGAUCCACUCUGGAGAUUUCCAGUUAGCUGAGAUUGUCAGGUGAGUUUUUUUUUUGUUAGUUUUUUUGAUUGGAUAUAGUUUUUUCUAAGUGUAAUAUUUUGCUCAUCUUGUCCUGCAUUUUUCAUACUUUUGUGUUUUUUUCUCAAGAAAUUUCUGCCUGCUAUCUAUCGACUGUGUUACACUUUGCCGAAGAGAAAGUCUGUUUCUGACUUUCUUAAAAAAAUAUACUCGCCCCUGCUCUACUGUGGUGGUUACAAGCGGUGACUUUACUGUUGAGACAACUUUAAUCCUGUUGCUGAUGUUUUUUUUUGCAAUAGAUCAUAAAGAGAUGUACAGGAAGUACUGAUUGCAGACUUUUUCAUACAAAAAAAAAAAUACCAAUAGGAGCUUCAGAGGCCAGCCCGCACCCAUCUACAGAUAGGCAACCAACUGAUGACUAUAGCUACUCAAGAAAACUACUGGUUUUAUGCAAUGUUAAGGCAGCAUGGAUCCAUAAACUCCCCUCACAGAUUCAACCCAAUAAAGGAGCAUUUUGAUAAGUUAGCAGUGUAUAUUCACAGAAGUUUGUUUAGUGGACAAAGGAGGCUAACUAGUUUAGCCCUGUUACCAGUCUUUGUGCAAAGCUAGAUGGUUUCUUCCUGUAACUUACAUGAAGCAAACAUAAGGGAAAAGAAAACUAAAGAAGACACUGUCUUGCUCUUACAACCUUUGCUCUUUGCAUGCAAUGGAUAAAUAUUUUUAUUUCUGCAUGUUUGUUUUAAAAAUGCGUUCUUGUGUUGAUUUGUUCGCAGUCCUGGAGUGUGGAAGGUGGUGGCAAAGUUUCACAGCAACCCACAGCAGAGCUACUCAGCCGAGUUUGAGGUCAAAGAAUAUGGUGAGUUUUAAAGGACCUUAUUUAAAACAAAGAUAGGUACUUACCAAAAAUUGGUUGGAGGUUAAAUACUACAAUGUUUUCCUUUUAUUUCAGUGCUGCCCAGCUUUGAGAUAAAACUGACACCUGUGAGCCCCUUCUUUUAUGUGGACAGUCAAGAUUUCACGGUCAACAUCAAAGCCACGUAUGUAAAGAGUUUGUUUUGCAGGUUAAACUACUCGGUUUGUUUGGUAGUAUCACCUGAGGAAAAAAUAAAAUGUGUUUGGAGGUUGCAAUUGGUUUGCUGAUUUAGUUAUUUCUUUUUUCACAUUUUACAUUUAUACAUCUGACAGGUAUCUGUUUGGUCAAGAUGUGGAUGGGACGGCCUAUGUGGUGUUUGGUGUUAUUACACCUAAAGAGGAAAAGAGGAGCUUCUCAGCUUCUCUUCAGCGAGUACCGGUAAGAACACAAUUUCAACAACAGUAUUUGUGCCUAUUGGUUAACCAGUUGAUCAGUUCUGUGUUUUGUACUGUGAAUUUAACAGCUUGGUUAAACCAGAGCUAAAAAAAAGAAAACCUGCAGGGCCUGCAUUCAUAAAAAGGCUUAGAACUGUCUGUUGGUCAGUGACUGCAGGAAAGUAUUAAACUGCAUAUAAGACAUUUGGAACAAAACCAAAUUACAUUUCAAGGGAAAACUGUUCAUAAAUCUGUUACAGCACCUUUAUCCUAUUUUUUAAGAUGUGCAUCUAUAUGUUAUUAGAUCCAAAGAGGUGCUGGAGUGGUCACUCUGAAGAGGGAGCACAUCACACAGUCCAUCAACAACAUCCAUGAGCUUGUAGGGUCCUCCUUGUUCGUAUCUGUCAGUGUGCUGACAGAGAGCGGUAAGGAAAUCUUUUGGUGCCCCUGCCUUGUGUUUGAUCAUUAAUAAUGUUAAUCACUCAGUCAGUCAGAAGUUCUAUUUAAAAGCUCCCAAAAGAGAGCAAAACAAACAAUAAAGAUAUCAGUUCAAUCAUUUUAUCAUGCUGUAUUUUCUGUCAUUGCUUUGUGUCACCGUGAUUCCCUCUACUUUAAAUCACAUCACAGGCAGUGAAAUGGUGGAGGCAGAGCUGAGAAAUAUCCAGAUUGUCACAUCACCUUACACCAUCACCUUCAAGAAAACACCAAAAUAUUACAAACCAGGAAUGUCCUUCGAUGUUUCGGUAAAGUGCUUUUUUGGAUUUUUGUAUAUAAUAGCCAAAACUUGGGGCAAGACUACUUCAGUGGGACCCCCUCUUUAAUGCCACUAGCUAUUCUCUCAGAAUGCUAUGCUGGCAUGCCCAGGGGGGGCACAGGUAACUUUCUAGGAUGUUAAGUGUAGCUAACAAUUAGCAAGUGAGGGUUUGAGAUCAAGAUUUCUGUCUCUGUGCUUCUAUUGUUAAAAGCCUGACUUGAACCUCAAAAAGAGAGAAAGAAGCUGAGGGGCAACGUCCAAGAGUGGAUGUUUGCUGUGCCAUUGAAACUAUGUCAAUGUCUGAGUCAAUUAUCAUUUGAUGUCUGCAAUUGAGUUUAGAAAUUGCAAAAAAGUUUCACUAAACAUUUCAAGGAAAUGUUGCAGCCACAUUUGUCUCUGGAUAUCGGAUGUUGUCUGAGAGAUGGUUGUUUGUGUUUCUGAUGGCAGGUUGAAGUUACGAAUCCUGAUGGCACUCCGGCUGUGGGUGUUCCAGUGAUGGUCAAUCCAGGCGAAGUGCAGGGUAACACUGUAGCUAAUGGCAUGGCAAGACUGACCGUCAAUACUGAUGCUGGGACCAACAGGUUGGAUAUUACUGUGAGUCUUUUUAUUUACAUUCUUUACCUUGGGAUCAGUUUGGAUCACAGAAACUUAAAACUACAUUAAUUAGAAAUUUUUAUCCGUACUGAUGGAUGACAUGAUCAACAACUGCUUAUGACUGUGUUAAGUUUUCUGCCCCCUGGUGGUGAAAUACUUAACAUUGCAGCUUAAAGUAGAAUACAUGUGGCUCGAAGCAGAUGAUGGAAUUGGUGCCAUUUGUAAUUUUUGUUUAAGUGAAAGUAAAUUCUUACUGGGCAUGAAAAAAAAAAAAAAAAACAGACAUUUACUUUCCGUUUUACUCAAUUAAACAACAACAUGUACUGCACUGAUACCAGACUGUGUAUUGUGCCAACAGCAUCAAAAACUUUGUGAUUGCCAGUUAUUCUUGUUUUUGUCAUUAAUCUUUUAAUGCACUUAUAGGCAUUGCUAGGCUAAACUGUAUCAGUGACAGCACAGUAAAGAGGUUUAUUCAAUUAUAUGAGUAAACCUGCCUGUCCAUAUCUUUAAAUACAGGCAAGGACCAACCACCAGAGAAUCUCACGUGAGAGACAGGCAUCAGCCACGAUGCAAGCUGUUGCAUACAACACUGGAAGCAACAACUUUAUCCACAUAGGUAUGGAACCUCCUGAGCUAACCUCAGAUGUAAAGAAAAUGUGGUAAUAAAAGAAAUGCAUAGUUGGUAGGAAGGACUAAUUCUGUGUUGUUGCUGAUGACAUUUUUGCAGGUGUGGAUGCAGCUGAGCUGGAACUGGGAGAAAACCUGAAAGUUAACCUUAACCUCAAGAGGCCAGAUAAUGCACAUAGUGAUAUCACUUAUUUGGUAAGUGACAGUUCACACUCAUACAUGUAAUUUUAUUUUUCUGUGUCCCACACCCUUUAUUGUAUUUAUAGCAAUGGUCAGUCGUUACAGUGCUGGUGUUCUACUGUGCAUCCUUACAGGUCCUAAGCAGAGGUCAGCUGGUGAAAAGUGGACGGCACCAGUCAAGAGGCCAGGUGCUGAUUGCUCUGAUCAUUCCCAUCACUAAAGAAAUGCUGCCAUCCUUCCGUAUCAUAGCCUACUAUCACACAGGCAACAAUGAGGUGGUGUCAGACUCUGUUUGGGUAGAUGUCAAGGAUUCCUGCAUGGGCACGGUAAGACAAAUAACUCUCAUGCAGCGAUGUUUUUCAAGUGUUUCAACAAUAAAUAACACCUAUGAACAAACAUCUAAAAUUAAGAGCACUGUACUUGGACAGAUUUUUCUUUGUAUGAAAUUUCUUUAUCUGAUAAGAAAAAGUCCAUUCCUUAUGAAAUAAUAUCUCCUUCACAUUCAGCUGCGGCUGGAAUCAACACGACCCGCUCCAUCGUAUGAGCCUCGCAGGAUGUUUGGUCUUAAGGUAACAGGGGACCCAGAAGCCACUGUGGGACUUGUGGCAGUUGACAAAGGCGUCUACGUUCUUAACAACAAACAUCGCCUCACCCAGAAGAAGGUUAUUUCCUAAUUUUACUUGAUUUUACAAGGUUUGUUAAGCAGUGAAUCAUGUAAGAUUGCACUUAAUAAAUGUUGUGAGCUGUUGAGCUGAGUUGUCAGUUGUGAGCUUCAAGAUACAUAUUUACAAACCCUAACAUAAAACUACCAUUGUUUGUACUUUAUGUAAAAAAAUAAAAAAUAUAAAAAACAACGAUUUUCUUUUUAGGUGUGGGACAUUGUAGAGAAGUAUGACACAGGCUGCACACCAGGUGGAGGCAAAGAUGGUAUGGGUGUGUUCUACGAUGCUGGGCUGUUGUUCGAAUCAAGCACUGCUAAGGGGACCCCAUACAGACAAGGUAAUACUACCUCACUCCACAAAAAGUGCAACAACUUUAACCAGCUUAACAACCUUAUUUUGAGAUAAGAAAAGUCACGUUCAAAAUAGUUGGUCCAUCUUUGUUGUGCUUUAAAGAUGUUGUCUGUUGUUGUGUUUCCAGAACUGAAAUGUCCAGUCCCCAGCAGGAGGAAAAGAGCCACAACUAUAAUGGAAGUCACAAACACUUUAAGUAAGGGUUACAGCUGAAAGGUGACAAAUAAAUAAAUCUUAAGCCUACUGCUCAACACAAUGCAUAUAUAAUAUCUGUUUGAGGUUUGAAAGGACGGGGUCAUUUAAUUGUACAGUAUAUACCACGAUUCUUAACUCUACCUCUCCUUGACUUCCCUCUCUCUAUGCAGUGAGCAAAUAUUCAGACAAACUAGAACGUGAAUGUUGUCGGGCAGCCUUAAAGGGCACCCCCCUUUCAUACAGCUGUGAGAGGCGGAGUGAGUACAUUGAGGAUGGUCAAACAUGUGUGGACGCCUUCCUGUACUGCUGCAGGGAGAUGGAAAGCCAUCAUGCAGACCGGAGGGAUGACAAUCUCCAGCUGGCUCGCAGUAAGAGACAUUGAUCACUUGGGAUAAAGAUUUGAGAUCUGUGGUUUGUUACAUACUGAUCAAAGAACUCACAGAACUUAUUUCAAUCACUCCUUAAGGUGAGGAUGAUGACAACAGUUACAUGGACAGCAAUGAAAUUGUUACCCGCACCAAGUUCCCUGAGAGUUGGCUUUGGUCAGACAUCCAACUUCCGGCUUGUCCUCGACAAAACCCUAACUGGUGAGUCAAAGAUGACUAUUUACACAAAAAUCACACUGAUGAUUUCAUUCAUAACAUCAUAAUCUUUUAUCCUGUAUCCAUCAGAGCACUAAUAUUUUGUGUUUCUUUCAGUGAAACCUCAUCAUUUGUGAAGAAUGUCCCCUUGCAAGACUCGAUCACAACCUGGCAGUUCAGUGGCAUUAGUCUGUCAAGAACUCACGGUAAGGAGGCAGCGAUUGGUCUCCAGUUUGAUUAGAGCCUUCCCUGCUAUCAAAACGGUCCCUUCUUUUCUCUUGCUCAUCAAGUUUUUUUUCCCCCUCAUAACUAAGGAAUCUGUGUUGGUGAGCCAUUAGAAGUGAUUGUGCGGAAGGAGUUCUUUAUUGAUCUCCGUCUACCUUAUUCUGCUGUCCGUGGAGAGCAGCUUGAGGUCAAAGCAAUCCUCCACAACUACAGCCCAGAUCGUGUCACAGUGAGUCCAUGUUUCUGAGCUCCUAUUAUGUCUCUGUUCAUUAGAUGUUGACCCUUAAUGUAGACAAGGUUUCAAACUGAUGAGGUAAACAUGUGUUGGAGUAAUCCCAGGAUGAGACUGCAGACCAGGAUUAGGCUGCUCUGAACAGUCAGUUCAAAAAGUCACAUGAGAAAAAAAAUGUUUCUCAAUUCAUGACAUAGCAUCGCAACAAUGGAUGAGGUUUCCAGAGUGUUAAACAAUUAAAACAAAGUAGGCUCAUAGACCCUUAACUUAGCAUUUUGGAGUUUUGGACAGCAGGUUGGAUACUAGGGGGUUAUGAAUGGUGAGUCAUAGGGCCUGAUCCACUAAAGGUUUGUGUGUAAAGCACUCUAAGUAAGGGUCACAGCUUCCCCAAAACAAUAGAUGCAACUCCAUGGCUUCAAACUUCACAAACUCUUCAUGGUGACAGACAAUAACGCAAAAUCCUGGUUUAAAGAGGGCGGUCCGUACCACGUUUGCACCUGUUAUCAAUUGCACACACAAUGAUAGUAGAUCACCUGCAACACCCCCACUAAUAGCAGGUGCAAUUUUUUAGUUUGCACACUCAAUUUAACGUUCUCUAAUUGGGAUCUUAGUAGAUCAGGUCCAAAGUAAAUCGGAACCUGACAGAGUGAGCAGAACCCCAACUAGGAGUGAAAGGGUCUUUAGUGACUUUGUGACAAAGUUUCAGUCUCACCGGAUGGAUUAAGAUUAUAAUUAAGAUAUCCUUUGUUUAUAAGUUUAGAAGGGGGAUGGAAACUAAUGUUUUAGGCACAGUAUCAACAGACAGUGGUGAAACUCGCUUAACACCUUUCCACCAAUUGAUUUGAUUCUUUUUUGUGGGGAAUAGGCUUGACCCUAAGAAUGGCUUGUUCUCCGUAGCAGUGGCAUGUUUUGUGACGUAUCAAACACUUGCUAUAGAGUGCUGGCCAAUCAAAACCAUGUGUGUAACACAGCAAUGUUAGGUCUUUAUUCUGCUUUAAAAACCAUCAUGGCAGGGAGAUGUUAUUCACAAGUUGUGCUACCCUAAAGCAUGACUGUGCCAGACUUUAUAAUGUUGUUUUUAAAACACUUUUUUCAGAGGGGAUCACAGUCUGCUACUGAAAAUAAAACAAGUUGGAAUAAAUCAAAGUGUACUCUGGCAAGAGCAUUGUUUUGAAUAGGAUGUAUUUUAGACAUAUUUUCAACAGGGAAAAAAAGAUGUUAAAUAGGACAUAUUUUUACUUUGAAAUCCUUUAAAUUUCACUGUUGAGUACUUUCUCUUAAAUUAUUAACUUCUCAGACAAAUGGCUUAAACAACUUACUGUAGCUGACAAGAACAGGAGAAAAGAAAGGCAUUCCAUGUCAGUAUUGGCUGAAGUGUAGCCAUAGGACCAUUAGCUUUUUUCUCUCCAAGCAAUAGUUAUUAAGGGUCUAAUUUAAAUAAAAAUACAAGUUAUGAGACUAAAAACUGAAAACUAAACAAUGAUGUUGUCCUUCUUAACCACUCUAUUGGUUAACUGCACUUUCUUCAGUGUCUUUUAUCAUUUGGUCUGUUUUGAAGGUGCGUGUGGAUCUGAAGGGAGAGGAGCAUGUGUGCAGUGCAGCCUCUAAAAAUGGAAGGUAUCGUCAGGAGGUCACAGUUUGGCCUCAAUCAACACGAUCUGUACCCUUCAUCAUUAUUCCCAUGAGGGAAGGACAGUACCGCAUCGAGGUCAAAGCUGCUGUGAAGGACUCAUCGCUCAAUGAUGGAAUCAUGAAGAUGCUGCGUGUGGUGGUACGAGACUCACACUGCAUGUUUCUGUUAAGAGAUGCUUUCACUAAAUUAGUGCUGUUCUCUUACAGCAGUACAUUGCAAAAAUAAUGAUAUUUUUCUUAGAAUACUAAUGAAUCUCUAUUAUCUCUAUUAAGUGCUGCAGUUAAAUAAGGCUUUUUUAGGCAACUUCAUUUACACAGAAUCAUGAUUUGUGUUUACUAUUUGUUUUAUGAUAUAUUUAGCGAGUAAAUGAGAGGGGACACAUUGCAUACUUAACUUAAUACCAAACUUAAGCCAAAGGAGGAGACAUGCACAAGCAGUGCUGCGUGUGGCUGCUUUGUUUAUCAUAAAAAAAGCAUGAAUACAAAUAUUCCACUUCACUAAUAUCAUAAAAACUCAUCAUAGGAACUUUAAAUAGCAUUCAAUACUGUAUCUCAGCAGGUGGUUUAUAAUGUUUGUCCUCUGAUUGACUUUUCAGCCUGAAGGAGUACUGGUAAAGUCUCAGGAGACUAUAAUUCUUGACCCCACUAAAAAUGGUGUUGGUAAGUUUGCCCUGAAAUACCCGCAUCCCGUCAUGAUUAACUGUUGUGCAUUGAUGGCAUGCUCCUUGUUUUUUCCUGCAUUCACACUGUUUCUCUUCUCAGAUGGUACACAAGAAGAAAUUCUGAACAGCAGGAUUCCUAAAAAGGACUUGAUUCCAAACUCGCCCACUAGCACACAGAUCUCUGUGACAGGUUAGCUAAUUUUCUUUUUGUUUGGGCAUGUUGUUUCAUACAAAGCUUGUUUCUUAACAAGUGAAAAAUCUUGUUUUAACUGCUUAUUUUUUGUUUCCAUGCAGGGAGAGAACAGGUUUCUGUACUGGUGGAGAAUGCUAUCACUGGGAAUUCCAUGGGAACUCUGAUCCGCCAGCCGUCAGGCUGUGGAGAGCAGAACAUGAUUGGCAUGACCCUGCCUGUUAUUGCCACCACAUACCUGGACAAAACCAACCAGUGGGAAGCUGUGGGCUUGGGGAAACGUGAUGAAGCCCUUCAACACAUCAAGACUGGUAGGCAAAAACCGAAGUAUUCAUAAGAUGAAGAAACCAGAUACUGUUUUGAUGCUCUAAACUGAUCCUUUACACAGGAUUAUAAAGCCCCUGACUUGGCAAAGGUGGUUUCAGUAAAUAAUCUUGUUUCAAGGAUCCAAGUUGGGGACAUUGAUCUUAAAAGUGAUGCAGUAUCUGAAUGCUGUUUGUGCUUACAUUUUUUUGUUUCUUUACAACAACAACUUGUGCCACCAGAAUGAAAUGAAAGAUGCUACAGAAAAAAAAAAACAUUCAAUGGCUCCUGGAUUCAAUUUCCCCACGGGGAUGAAUAAAGUUCUUCUUAUCUUAUCUUAUCUUAUCUUAUCCAAGUGACUGCAAAUGUAUGAGAUUCAGUUAAGUGUUGCUUGGCUGUAAUAUCCAAAAAUCUGUCAUUCCCUAGGCUACCAGAAACAGCUUACCUAUCGUAAAGAUGAUGGAUCCUUUGCUGUCUGGGCAAAUCACAAGAGCAGCUCAUGGUGAGGCACUAAAACAUUCAUGAACUUGUAGAUCCUCUAACUCCAAUUUGGGUUAAUGUAAGGAUGAGUCAAUGUCCUGGGACAAUUAACGUUUAAAGCACAUAUCUUCCAACUCUUUCUUCUCCUCUCUAAGGUUGACAGCCUAUGUGGUCAAAGUGUUCUCCAUGGCCAGCAAUGUUGUGGCAAUGCAAAAAAAUGUGAUCUGUGAUGCUGUCAAGUUUCUGAUUCUCAACGCACAGCAACCUGAUGGCCUGUUUAUAGAAGUUGGAAAAGUUUACCAUGGAGAGAUGAUAGUGGGUUUAUGUAUUUAUUACUUAUUAUAUAAUUUUAUCUAUUAUUUUUAUUAUUAUUAUCCCAUUCUUCACCUCACUGACAAAUAUUUGAAAUGUGUAUUUGAAUCUAUAGGGCGAUGUGAGAGGUACAGAUUCAGAUGCCUCCAUGACGGCCUUCUGCCUUAUUGCCAUGCAGGAGUCACGAGAGCAGUGCUCUAACUCUGUAAAUGUGAGUCCAACACCUCCAGAAAUUGCCCUCCCGUCUUCUUUCAAUGAUUUUAUUUGUUUGUGUAGACAAGUGACCAUUGAAAUGCGCAGAGCAAAGCUUUCUUGAACACCAAAACACCUCAUUUGAUGGCUUAGCCUUCUUAUCAGUUAAGAGUUUCUGUCAGGCCAGGUUCACAACACUUCUGUAUUUCUUUUUUUGUAUUUUUUUCUCUUUUGGCUUUUUUCUGCAUAGAAGAAAAAGAAGAUAACUAACUGAAGCAAUAAACUGGUGUGGGUAGUGACAUAGAAAGUUUAACAGUUAAGUGUUGUUAAAGCACACAAAUUUAGUGUUCAGUGCUUUUUCGCAUUAUCUUUAUUCUAUCAUCAGAAGAUGAAAUAAAACUGUUAAGAGUCUCCCGAAAUUAAACUGUAUGUGUAUAUAAGCACAGCCUCACAUACACAUGAUGGGUGCGAAUGGAAACACUGUGAUUAUUUAUAACAGUUUCUUUUUUUUACUGUCUACAUUUCUUUUAUGUUGCAUCAAUUCCCCUUUCUGUCAUUUCUUCCUUUAUUAUAUAUCAUCUCAUUUUUUAUUUCUUUAAUCUAUAUCUAGAGUCUGCUGGGCAGCAUAGACAAAGCAGUGGGUUACCUUGAGAAACGUCUGCCUAACCUUAAAAACCCCUAUGCUGUUGCUAUGACAUCUUAUGCCCUGGCUAACGAACAGAGAAUGGAUCGGGAGAUUCUAUACUCAGUGGUUUCCCCAGGUAUUGUUAUAUUCCUUCAUAUGUUUACUGACACAUUUGUUUGGUUGCUGCAAGGGGCUGACUUUUGCUCUGUGCUGAAAUGCUGCUAAUCUGUGAUAAUACAAGUAAUAUAUGACUUAUUAAACUUUGGUAGGAUCAAAUCUUGAGUCUAGGGAUAAAUAGAAAUGUAAGAUAAAGCUUGUUUUACAUGACACAAUUGUGGAUUGUUUUUUUCUUCCCCAGCGUUGUCACACUGGCCAUCGCCUCAGGGACACAUUUACACGCUAGAGGCCACAGCUUAUGCCCUUCUUGCUCUGGUCAGGACCCAGGUGAGAACUUAUUUAUGUUCUAACAGGAGGUUUUGCUACAGGUAACACACAAUACACAGAUAACAACACAGCUCAUACUGGGCACCUUGAAUCCACAAAUUCAACUCUAAAAAAGAUAAUUACAUAAAUGUUAAUCUAAUGAAACAAUCAAAGUACGUAGUCGAGUACAGAGAUCUCAAUACAUUCAUGAACUGAGUUACUUAUUAUUAUUCAUAGAAAUACACUAAUUAGCUCUGCUGCCAUUCCAUUGAUCAGAGAGCAUGAUCCAAUAUUGUCCAUGUUGUAAGUUUAGCAGUUCAGGACACAAAUAAAAACCAAUGUUUUGCCACAGUGUCAACAGGCAGAGGGGAAAUCUGUCUGACUUCUUUACCUGGCUUCUCUCGAUGACCUCAUCCCAGACAUUACCUAUUCUAAUUAAAAUUAAUAAAGUGUUUUGAACAAUCAGAAAAAGUACUUAACACAGCUGGGUAAUAAGAAUAAAACCUGUAUAUAAUAGUUUUAAACAAAUGCAUUGUUGAGUGUCUCUGCUGCUUGGAGCCUCAUACUCAUCGUUUUCCAGAGCACUAAUUAUCUUUUAAACAGAUGGUGGACAUCAUUACUUUGCAUCAUUAAAGCUGCUAACUGGACGUAUUAAAAAAUUGUAACUGACCACAAAUUCAACAAUAAAUCAAGUUUAUCAAGUUUGACCCUUUUUUCUUGUCUUCUCUUUUCAAAGGAUUUUGAAAGUGCCAGACCUAUUGUCAAGUGGUUCAAACAACAGAACAAGGUGGGCGGAGGUUAUGGAUCAACUCAGGUAAUGAGGACCCCUUUCUCCAUUUUGAUACAGUAAAUACCUCACAGCAUUUUUGAUGUUAAUGCCUUUUCUCCUCCUAUGUCUUCUCCUCAGGCAACCAUAAUGGUGUACCAAGCUGUGGCUGAGUACUGGGCCAAUGCCAAAGAACCAGAGUAUGAUCUGAAUGUGGACAUCUUGGUGCCGGGCAGAUCAAGACCUGACAAAUUCAACUUUAAUGAUCAAAACCACUAUGCCACACGAACAUCUAAAGUGAGAGAACCAUUAUAUACAGACUCACAGUAGCUUAUGUAUAUCACCACUACUGCUGUUCUCAUGAUUUUUGUCACCUUUGCUCAUCGAACGUGGUUGUAUCUGUGUGCACAUUUACAUUCUUGCAGAUCAAUGAUAUAAAUCAGGACGUGAAAGUCACUGCAACUGGCACAGGAGAAGCAACAGUAACAGUAUGUUCAAUGAAAUUUACUCACCAGUCCAAAAUCUGAUAUUUACUGAAUCCUUAAGGACUCUUUCUUACGUUGAAUGGUGUUUUUAAAAUUUGUGCCAGGAUGCUCCUCACAUUCUUGCUCUUUUCUAUUUUCCUGACAGAUGGUGUCUCUGUAUUAUGCUCUGCCGAAAGAAGAGGAGAGUGACUGUCAGAAGUUUAACGUGUCAUUGCAGCUCAUCCCAGGUGAUUUGUCUCAAUUUGUUAUGUUUUACGUCGUGUCACAUAUUUAUUUUUAUUUUUUUUAUGCUAUUAAGUAACUGUAUACAAUUAACAAAUCACUGAAUGUUUUGCAGAUAAAGUGGAUGAAAAUGAGAAGACUUACAGGCUGAGAAUAGAUGUCUUGUAAGUGCAAACAUAAAAUCCUACUGUUAAGUGUUUACCUUUGUUUCACUUACCCCUCUCGCUGUAUCUAGUGUUAACUAUGAUAACGUGCAUUUUUCCAACCUGAUAAUUAUUAUAUUAGAGCUUCUAACUUCACUGUGAACAUUGGCUCGGUGCUUAUGCAUUUUAUUAAAUCAGUUGUCUUGAUGUGUUGUAAGUUUCUUUUCCAAACGUUGAGCUUUUUUUUUUUUUCAAGUUUAUGAUUAUCAUGAAAAUCAGAAACCCAGUGACUCAAACUCUUUAAGUGUUCCUGAAAUUAACAAAAAAGGUUGAUUAAAAUUCUCCCCUCUCACCUGAAGUCAACUUGAAACACCUGAAAAAGGACAUUUCCUCUGACACUGAAUAAGAGUCUUUGCUGACCCAAUCUUUGUCUUCUUUUGGUAAAUGUUUGAUGCUUUAACACUGUCCCUUUUCUAUGCAGGUUCAAAGACACAGAGCGUGAUGCAACCAUGUCAGUCCUAGAUAUUGGCUUGUUAACUGGCUUCACUGCAAACACACAAGACCUGGAUAGAGUAAGGACUUUUUCUCACACACACACACACACACACACACACACACACACACACACACACACACACACACACACACACACACACACACACACACACACACAUACCAAGGCCACAUACAGGAAAUCAGCAUCUGCAUAUCAGAGGAGAGAAAUGGCAUUCAUUGGCUAAAACAGCUGACUAACCGUGUAUGUGUGUCUAAUUAUGUAGUUGUCUAAAGGACCUGCUCGCACCAUUUCCAAAUACGAGAUGAACACAGCCCUGUCUGAAAGAGGCUCACUCAUCAUCUACUUAGACAAGGUAAGAGCUUAUUGAGCCAUCCAGUCCUCUUUUCUUUAUUUUAUUUUUAUUUUUUAACCUAUGUGACAUUUAUCGUACAUCAUUCCCCAGGUUUCUCACACACUGCCAGAGGAGAUCACAUUCAGAGUCCAUCAGACCAUGAAAGUGGGUGUCAUGCAACCAGCUGCUGUGUCUGUCUAUGAAUACUAUGACCGUGAGUUGUACAGAAAAUGAAACAAAUAGCCUCUUUUUACAUAUUUUCAGAAUAUAUUCAGAGGUACAAAUUUUUUUAGACAUGUUUUGAAUGUUUAUAUCUGUUUUGCUGCAGAAACACACUGUGUGAAGUUCUACCACCCGGAAAGGAAAGCUGGACAGCUGCUGCAGCUUUGCACAGAUGAUGAAUGCACAUGUGCUGAAGGUACACAGGAUAGUUUUUUUUAAAAAAGCAUUUCAUUGAUCUGUAUAGUAUCUGUAAACAGGCUUUUUUUCUUCAGAAAUUUUUAAACACACCAAGUACGUUCAAGAAGAUGUCAGAUUUACCUGAUUUAAUUUAAGUUUUUUGAUAGGUGUUGACAAAUACAGAUGUAAUACAGAUAUACAGUAUAUUGUAUGUGUUUCAGCCAAAGCAUGAGUCAACACGCGUCUCUUGAAUGGCAUGGAUGUUUAAGACAGUCACAAUGAUAAAAAAACAUUUUACCUGGACAGUAACUGAGUAAUGUUGUCGCCAUUUUAGUUGCCACCAUCAUAUUUCCAUCACCAUGUUAGCACAACCAUUUUUAAAGAUGAUGACUCUGUGAAUUCAGAGUUUGACCAGCGUGAUGAUGGAGAACAUGAAUGUUAAAAUCAAAGUUUAUUUUAAUCCCCAUGGGAUCACCAAAUAAAAUAGACUAAUCCUCUGCUUAGCCAGGAUAUCUUUAACUUCAACAUGGUGUCAAAGUUUUGCUCACCCUAAGGGAUCCUGAUUUACCAUUUCCCUUUAAAUCAUCAAUCAAACGACCACGGCAUCAGUUGUGUAUUUACUUGUGUGUUCAUUGUGGUAUUUACAGAGAGCUGCAGCAUGCAGAAGAAGGGUCAUAUUAGCAAUGACCUACGGACUGCUAAAGCCUGUGAAACUACGCUCACCAGCAAAAUAGAUUUUGGUAAGACACAAACAAUGUUGAGUACAUGCUGUGUAAAAAACUUUAAACCUGAAGAAAUCUGUGUGCUUGUGCUUGAGACUGAGAGAGAAAGCAACAAACUGUGAAUAUCUUGUCUUUCCUCAGUGUACAAAGUGAGAGUGGAACAAUUCGCAGAUGGUUUAUCCACUGAUAUUUACACAAUGCGAGUACUUAACGCUAUCAAAGAAGGUGAGUAUUUUUCUUUCAUUUGUCUAGAAUUUACUGCCUUCUAUUGGUUUGAUUCUUUAGAGUGACUGCAACUUUCCUUUCUUGUUAUAAUUUAAUGGGUGUUUUGCUUUUAGUUACAAUUUGUUAUAAAAUUUCACUGGUUUAAAGAAACAUAAUUUCUAAUAAUGGUGGGCUGUUGAAUGAAAAAAAAAAAACAGUCAAGCAGCUGACAUUUACAGUAGAACUUGGUUCUUGCUUAAAAGUAAUUUAGAGCUUGAUGGAUUAAGAUCUAUGUUUUUAAAUAAACAAAGACGACAAGGCAUGAUUCCAGUGGGAGUGGGAGUCAUGACAGUUAUGUUUUUGUUUAGGGUUUGGUAUAUCUAAUCCUGGAAAAUAACCUUUCUCUUCUCCUAUAUUCUUGAAUAUUUGAACAACAGGAAGUUAUGAUGUGGGUCCUAUGGGUAAACUCCGCACAUUCCUCAGUUAUCAACACUGCAGGGAAUCUUUGGGCCUGAAUGUAGGUAAAACCUACCUGAUCAUGGGCACAUCUAAAGAUAUUCACCGAGAUGAACAAAACCAAUCGUAAGUUUGCCUUUUGUAUAAACAUGAACAAGUGUACUGCAUGUGUCUCCCUAAUAAGAUGAGGGAGGGUGACAAAAAGCGUUAAAAUGAAAUACAUGCUGGGAUACAGGGGCAUGACCAGGCUUGUGGCGCCACUUUCUAAAAGCUUCUCUUAACCUUUUCGGUCAUAAUCAAGAAUUUGAAGAAACAGUGGUUCACUGCCUUUUAGACAAUUUUAUGGAGUGGUUAGAAAAGACUCCCCAAUUUAGAACCACAAAUGACCAGUGGAGGUUUGCCGUGUAACUCCAGACUUAUUGGUUGCAGGAGGUGGGUGACCUUAUAACCUUUCAAGUUAGCAUAGGCUGAGCUCAACACAGUUGUAAAUUCCUCAUCACAAAAGUGAAUGGUACUAAGAAGAGCAGCAAAGAAACUACAUGUGAUAGAUUUUUGCUGAACCAAGAGGUGAAUGUAAAGCUCUCGUCCUAGGUCUGAUUUUUUUUUUUUUACAGUGUUUUUUCCCCACAGUGAACAGAUCACGCUUGUCUACUUCUGCAGCCAUUACCAAGGCUUCAUUCUUUACCUCCUGAACCUUUUCUCUAGAAGUGUUUUUUUUUUUUUUUUUUUCCACAUGAAAUCAGGUGAUUUCACCGGUGUGACGUAAAUAAAGGGAGCCUUUCUAGGUCUUAUCCUUUUUUUUUGACUAGUGCAUGCUUUUAUCAUAUUCCUUGUGCUGUCUUUGUUUAAUGCUCAACCAUUCCUUAAGCUCUUUAUCUGUCACAUAAAGAGCAGAUCAUGUUUCAUUUGAAAAUUCAGCCACAAUGUAGCAAUUUAUACAACAUUAGUACACAUUAAAUUUAAGAAAGUUACAUACUGUUAUACUUUUACCAAACACAUCACAUAUAAGUGUGUUGGCUUUUGGUUAAAGUCCAGCCCAGUAUGAUUAAAAUACCCUUAAAAAAAAACUUUUGCAAUGUUGUCAUAAACUAAGUCAUGAUUCUUCUCUUUUCUUUUAAAAAAAAAAUAAAGUAUUUCCGUUUUUUGUGGAAAGCUGAUGCUACUUUGUGCUAAUGUUGCUGUUGGUUAAAUUUUUUUACUUUGCACAAAGGAGGGAGCUUUGUAUCUUUAGAUAUGUGAAGACUUAAUGUGCCUUUUACUUUGUCUUCAUCAGGUAUCAGUAUGUGCUUGGCGAGAGAACCUGGAUCGAGUACUGGCCCACAGAUGCUGAGUGUCAAGUUGGCGAGUUCAGACCAACCUGUUUGGGCAUGGAGGAGCUGGUCCAGCAGUAUGAACUUUUUGGAUGUCAGCAGUGAAAAAACAAUUUAAGAAUCCAAAAUGUUCUUUUAAAAACUCUUUUUUAUUGUGCUGAUUUUGUACAACAUCCACUGCGAAGUAAGCUGUAAAAGUCAUCUUGUUGCUUUGUAUUGAUUAAAAUAUGAUGGUCUUGAUCUGAUUGUCUGUAUUGAACUUUUUUUUAUGAAAAGGAGGAAUGUAGUUCUUAUGGCCUGAAAUUUAAGGAAUAUCUGCAGUAUUGAAAAAAAAAGCUUUGCCAGACAUUUAAUAGAUUUCCAUAAACUAACAAACACAUAAUCUGCAGGAAGAAAAAUCUUUAGCUUAAGAAGCAACCUCCAGUCUUGAGACAUGCAGCCAUUGUGAAAGCACAGUUAUGAACAAGGCAGCUUCUUUGUAACCUUAAAAACAAAAUAUAAGAAAUGAAACUGGCCACAGAUAAUUUGACAUGAAAGAAGGAAAGGAAUACAAAAAAGCUAGAGAGUGCAGAGAGUUUCGGAUAUGAAACAAAUGUUCUGUCAGAGGGGUGUGUGUAUGGAUAGUCUGUGGUGGUGAUGUGUACAUCUGAUUUCCUAUGCAGUUGUUGGCUUUAUAUGAUUUCAUUUUCAGUAACACAACAAUCAAAAAUCAGUGCUACAUGUCCUAAACUGGUGCCAUGUGAAAUAUUCAAAAACACUGAUGGUGUGGACAACAAUUUCUUCUUUUGAAAACAAACAGAAACAAUCUGGUUUUGAAAAUAUCUCAAUACAUAUGGACAUGACAUGGCCUAUAGUAUGGAGUAAAAAAAAGGCAAACACAAGUGAACAUAAGUGACGUAUUCUAAACAAAUGGAAAAAAAAAUUGUAAAUGGAAGUGAAGUAAUGUAAACAUGAAAAUAUAUAAACAUAAAAUAUAUAAAAGCUUUUUUUGCUUUCACAAAACUUGCUCUGCAUUUACAAAACACUCGGCCUCUGUUUGACAUGGGAGCGGGGUUAGAUCAGUGGGGUGUCCUGGGAGGAAAAUGUAAAUAAAACAAAAGGUGAAGUCAAAAGUUUUCCAAAACUCUAUGCACUUUCACAAGGAUGGCAGACCAUCUAUCAAUUUUUAACACAAUGAGAUAUCAUUAUGAUCACUAUAAACAAGAAUCUAAAAAUGUCAGCUGUUCCAGAUAUCAACAGGCAGAUUAUAAACCCCUCCCAUGACUUGUGAAAUUUAAAGGGAAAAAAAGGUUCAAGAGGAGGGAACUAAGCGGGUAAAAGGAAGGUGUUGCAGUGAGCGAAGCUGCAUUCAUAGCAGACAUGGGGUCGCGUAGGGUUGUGUGGUGGGCCUCAUCGGGGCUCCUGGCCUUUUUGGUCUUUUCCCCUUUGAUGAGUCAGGCUUCUCAAUCUCCAAUGUAAGUAGAGACUUUCACAAACUCUUAACCCUUGAUGCUUAUCUAGAGUCUCCUACAAAGUGCAGGUGUUUGAUUAGUGCUAUGGUCACUUAGAGGCGAUCUAGAAGGACAAAUGAGUUUAUUUUUUAAGGAGAACUUCUUACUUUAGCAUGAGUUUGUAUCUGUGUAAAACUGUGUCACUGCUGGGUAAUUUUAGUCAAGUCAACGGAAUAAUCAGGAUUGCAAGUUAUCGCCAACAAAACUCAAGCCGCUUAUCUAAGGCAUGACUUGCACACUGUGAGAAACAGAAAUGCACUUUUUUUAAAAAAAUAGCAUUGGGAUAGAUUUAGUGAAAGAGUAUACUGAGAGACCACAGUUCUUAACCAGAAGGAGGAAAGUUUCAGAGGGUACUAUUAAUCUGACUAAAGUCAUUCAGCUGAGUUUGGCUAAACCAAGAGAGUUUAAGGCAGAAAGGUACUUGUAGUAGAGUUUAUUUGAUUUAUAACACAGAGUAAUUGAGUUUUCUAGUAUUUAGCUGCUCAGUGUAAAUUUUUUGUCUCCCUCUCUUUAUUCUAGGGAGGUGCUGUUAGCCCCAAACCUGUUGCGUGUCGGAACAACUGAAAAGAUCUUUGUGGAAAUCCAAGAUUGCCAUGUCGACCAUGAUAUAAGUGUGACAAUCAUGGUGAUGAACCAUCCAUCCAAAACCACAAUGCUGGAGUCCACGAGGGUGACCCUGACUAAGACAAACAAACACCAGAACUUUGCUGGACUUACGGUAAUGUGGAAGAACAAACAGCAUGAAAUGUAAUGAAAAACUCUAAAUCAACUAUUUAAACUGGACGUGGUAAAUAUUGAGUUUGGGUAGAGCAAAUAGUGGAUGGGGGGGGGGGGGGGGGGUAGUUCAAUUAAAAAAGGCACGCAACAUAAUUCAUUUAAAAUUACACAAGUUGGAAAAUAAGAAUAAAGAAAACCACAAAAGGCAAUGAAAAUACAUUAUUUAAAAUUUCAGAAAACAUAAAAAAUCCAAAUGAUUGAUAAUAUAGAUAAUUAAUAAACAUAUAUAUAAAUAUAUAUGAUAAAUAAACAAAUAUAUUAAUAUGGAAAUAAAAACAGAAAAGAUAAACAUUUAAUUAUUUAUUUAUUUAUGCAUUUAUUUAUUUAUCCCAGUAUUUAUUUAAUUAUUCAUUCAUUUAUUUCUGAGUUUAUUUUUUUAUUUCUAAUUAUGUUAUUUUUGGUACCCUAUAGGGGAAAAUGCAUACAUGUAAACCAACUGGUUUAUUCAACCAAGUGACUUUUUUAUCCGCUGGAAGAUGUAUCAAGAUGCAUCAAUUUUAUUCCUAAGGGUGGGCGCAUAUCUAAAUGAAACACCAGGUGGUUGAGGCAAAAAUGCACUAAAGAGGGGAUCACUCUCUAUGAUGGCACAAUAUGUUGAAUCUGCUAUGCAUGUGUACUAUAAAUAAUAACAAAGAAUAACACUGAGAAAUUGGGUUGGAUCUUGUAUUUUUCCUGAGAGAAGUGUUUGUUGCUCCAGAGACUGUGCCUGUUGUUUCACCCUGUGUGAGUAAGUCGACUAUUUAUGUUUAAAGAGCUGUAAAAGUAUUUCAGACCAUUUAUAUAUAUGUUGUGAGAACAUACUGAAAGAGAGCAGAAACUAAUCCAGGGCUUGUCCCCAUUUAUAAUCAUACGUUGUUGGUUAUUCUGCAGUGAGGGGGUGUCUGUAUUGCUAACUCCACUUCACCCAUGUUUGUGUAGCUGUUUUGUUAUCUUUUCAACAGUGCCAGUAAAUGACCUAAAUUUCUCACAUAUUGUACCAGGCACAGCAAACAGGCCACAAAAAAAGAUUGAACAUCUGACCGGUCUAUCACUGUCUGUUCGCCAAAAUCAUCAAUAGUUUACCAGCAAUGGGUAAAGUCUAUGCUGAAACAUUUAAUCUUCAGCCCAUUUCUAAGAGUUAGCCUUGUGUUCAAAAUUAACCCCUCCACAACCUUGAAUGGUUUUAGAUAAGACAGUGGCAGGGCUUUAGGAGAAAUGACAGCUACUGUAUGGGCUGCUUCUAUUUGAGGUGCCUUGUUAAGUCUUUUAGUACUGAUUUAGUUUGGGUAGUUUACAUCUAUAAAUUUGUUAAAUACUCUGUCCAUACAUGCAGUUUUGCUAAUGAAACUGUGUUUUAUUUUUGUGUUUGAGGCUUUGAAAAAGUUUUCUUUUGAAGUUCAAUAUUCGGUUUUAAAAGCACUUGGCAUUUGUAAUCAGUCAGCAAUCCUGCUUACUGGGGCAAAAAAACAUUUUCUGCAGGGGAAUCAGUUAUGAGGUAACUUCAGAAUUUAGGUCCGAUGGAUAAUAACUUUGAAGAUACCAGUAAGUGAUCCUUCAGACUGAAUCCAAAUAAAAGGCUAAAAUAGUCAUGACAGAUUAGGGAAUUAAAGGAACAGUUAUGACUCCUAACAGCUCAGAUCACCAGGUUAGGGAUGCAUGAUAUUUGACUUUUGCAGAUAUCCUUCAUACCAACAUUUUCAAACUCAUUGAUAUCAAUACUGAUAAACACCUUGUUUUUAUUGGAAAUAAUGAACUGCAAUUAAAUAUUUAACUUAAGUGAAACAGUUAAUUCUUUUUUUUUUUUUUUUGAAGGAUCAAACAUAAAAUAUUUGAUUCUACCAUUGGUGAUUCUUGGAUUAUUUUUCUAAUAUAUGGCAGGUAUUCAGAAUUAAGUCUGCUGUGUUUUUCACUUUUAAACCACUUGUGUACGAAUAUUAUAUUUUUGGCCAUUAACUAUUUUCGUAUCAUCUGAUAUGAGAAUCACGCAGAUGAUAUUGUGCAUUCCUACAUUACAGCUAGGCCAGAUUAACAGUAUAGAGAGCAUCCCAAGGAACAAUGUUAAUUUUUUAUGGUAACUAAAAAUUUACACGUUUUUAUUUUUUUUUUUUUUUUUAUUUAAUUGUCAAAAGGGGUUAGGGUCCCUACUUAAGUUUACACUUUUGUCCAAGAACUUUUCUGACUCAAGCCUAUGUAUUAUUUGUGCUUUAACAGGAACUUCAAUUGUUGACAGUUUUUUUUUUGUUUUCUUUUAAUGGUUGAGUUUGUGGGUAUCCAGGCAACCUUUUCUGUCUUAUAAUAACUGAAUGUGCUGAAUAGUUUCUGAUUUGAUAAAGUUCUGCAUUUUUUGUACAGUGACUGUUUUCCAAAUCUUUUUGACUGCCUCCGCUGGACAACUCUGCAGGAGAUCAGAAGUUAUAGAUUUUUUUAACUUAGAAGAGGUUAUGACCUUUACCAAUCUUGGCCCUUACACUUGUUUCUCCUCUCAGAUCCCUGCAAGCAGCUUCAGUAGGGAUCCCAACAUGACGCAGUAUGUAUACCUGCAAGCUCAAUUUCCCGACCGACUGCUGGAAAAAAUUGUCUUAGUCUCCUUCCAAUCCGGUUACAUCUUUAUCCAGACAGACAAAACCAUUUAUACUCCGAAAAGCAGCGGUGAGUCUGUAACAUAAUGUGGAAGGAUUAUGUUCAAAAGUAACUAUGUAGUUUUGAGUAAACUUUACAGGGAUUGAAACAUAAUGAGAGUUUCAUUAUGAAAAAUGCAUGAUUUCUUUUUUUCCCCUUCCUUCCCCUUUUAUUUUAUUAUUGUUUUUGUAUGCUUAUUUGUUUACAAUUUCUUUAAACUGUAAAAACUGGAUGGCUGAGAACAAUGUCUGUCUUAAUAUUUCCAACAUGUACAGCCAUCCCUGGAUAAAAAAAAAAAAUGCAUGAAUUUAAAAAAGUCACUGAAAAUUUGCUCUCAGCUGCAGUGUUUUCACCUGUAUAGUUCUUUAGCUUGGUAUAAGAGAGAGCUUGACAUUGUUCCUCUGUCUUCCUUUGGCAGUCUUAUACAGGGUGUUUGGAGUGACACCUGAAAUGGAGCCUGUGGAGAAAAGGAACGCAAAUCAAAUGGAUGUUACAGUCAUCAUUGACACUGUGGUAUUUUACUAUUUCUUCAGUAAAUACUGAACCAAAUGUAACACAACCGGAUGUCACUUGGAAUGGAUUAUAGAAAGCGUAGCUAAAAAAAUCCCAUUUAGACUAACGGUGCAUUUCCUCCGACAGUCUUAAAAACCUCUUAAAAUAAAAAAAAGAACGAGAUAAUCAUAAAAUCUAUCCCCAAAAAUCAGACCAAGAUAUUUUACAAGGAUUGUUAUCAUAUGGCAUGAUAUGGAGAGAUACAUUACAUGUCCUAAACUAGAAACAUGUUUCAAUCCAUUUUGUUUGUAUCUCUAGACCCCUGAUGGCAUUGUUGCAAAAACCUCGCAAGUCUCUCUACAAUCAGGAAUAUACUCUGGAGUAUACAAAUUAGGUCAUAUAGUCAGGUAAGUCCUGGCCCAAUAUCGAUGCUGAGCAUAUGAAGUGCUUUUGUUUCUAUCAAAUUAAUUUGUGUACUUCUUUGUGUGUUUGGUGUGAAGCCCAGGACUGUGGAAGUUAGUGGUGAAGUUUCAGGAAAACCCCCAACAGAGCUUUUCUGCAGAGUUUGAAGUCAAAGAGUAUGGUAAGUCCUUCGUUUGGCAUAGACAGUUAUUAAAAUAUUAAAUUUAUAUAUUUUUUUUGUGUGUUGUUUUGUUUUUUGAAGCAGGACUCAAACUCCUGUGUCCUAAGUAAACAGCAUGUCAGCAGUUUUAGAAAUGUUCCUUUUUUAUCAUCGCACUGCAGGCAAAGGCAUGCAUCUGUGUUGUGUCUGUGAAAUGGCAGCUAACAAAGUGGCUCCAAUAUUGCCAACAUAGCAAUUUUGUUCCUAUACUAAGCAACUUUUCAGAGUCCAAAGUUGUCUAAAAUACCAGAUGUUUGGGUCACGCUUUCUGAAAAUAUGUUAAAUUCAGCAGUACAGAUGGCCUUCUCUGCACCUUUUUUAUACUCUUGCUUCACCCAGUUUCUGUGUAUAUACAGGAUCCAAACCUUGACAUGGCUAAUUAAAUGUUUCAAUUUUUUAGUGCUGCCCAGUUUUGAGGUUGCACUGACACCUUUGAGUCCCUUUUUCUAUGUGGAUGACUCCGAGUUCACUGUCAGCAUUAAAGCUACGUAUGUCUUUGCUUCAUAAAUUAAGACCAAGUUUGACUUUUUGUUUGACUAGAUGAGAAUGAGAUAAAGGAUAAUUGUUGAUUUCUCAUGCUGUUGCUAGUCUUUGACCACCUUAAUUUCUUGUUUCGAUCUGUAUUUUAGGUAUCUGUUUGGUGAAAAAGUGAAUGGGAUGGCAUUUGGGGUUUUUGGAGUAAUACGAGACGGUAAACAAAAUAGCUUUCCAAACUCCAUCCAGAAAGUGCCGGUGAGAACAUGGUUUCACACUAUGAAUCUCUGUCAGUGUACCCGUUGAUUGUUUGUUUUGCAUACUUGUGUUUUGGAUUUACAUUUACAGAACAUAACAGUGAUAACAGUGUCUUGAAGUCUUUUUUUGAAUCCUCAGUGUUUAAAUCAGAUUCAAGACUCAGAACAGCGUUGUACAAGUUCACACCAAAAACCUGUUUACCCUCAUUGGUUUUAGCUGCAGUUAUCACACAACUUUGUAUGCUUCAAUCUUAAGCUCUCAGUCAUCCUAAACCUAUUUAACUACCUUUUAUCUAAAGAAUCAUAAACAGAUAUUGUGUUUGAAUGACAAGAAAAACCUAUUUGAGAAUGUUUUACCAAUUAAACAUAGAAAACAUUUCUCCCCUCCAAAGUGUACUUUCACUAAUUACUUUUGAUCUCUUUAAGACUUGUCAAAGUCCAGUUACAAAUGACUUGACAGGAGGGAUCAUAUGUCAAUGACUUCACUCAAGUCAGUCUUUUAAUCUAUAGCUCAACAUCUCAUAAUGAAAUGACAUGGGCAUAGUUUACACGCCCUGAAACCUAAUAUCCUAGAGUCUGUUUAUAUUUGUGUCCCUUAGAUGACCAAAUACAGAACUGUAGAAUACCAAUAAAUAUCCUGACCAUGAGUCUAAAUAAGGAUAUCCACCAGUGUCUGAGGUGCAGUUUUCAUCAGGGUUUUAAUUUUAGUAAUUUAAGUCAAAAUAAGAGAAUAUUUCUGGAGUCUGAGUGCGAUAUUUGAGUACUAUGUGUAGUUAAAAAUAGAGUUUUUAUUAUUAUUAUUAUUAUUAUUAUUAUUAUUAUUAUUAUUAUUAUUAUUAUUAUUAUUAUUAUCCAGAGACAUUUUGAUCUGUUAUUUCUUUAGAUUGUGGGAGGUGCUGGAGAGAUCACUCUGAGGAGAGAGCACAUCAUAAGCGCCUUCCCAAAUAUCAAUGACCUGGUGAAGAACCACAUUUAUGUAGCAGUCACCGUGCUGACAGAGAGUGGUAACAGAGAAAUUUAUAAUAUGCAUUGUCUAUUUAUUUCAUUUAUUUUUAUCUACUUCAAAAUAACCUUUGAAUGUUACUGUGAUAUAGAGCAAGGUUAUGAUUUAACUGAAGACAGAGUUAAAUGGAUGUUUAAGUGAAUGAUUAGGGGAUUUGGUAUUUAUUGAAAUCAAGACUCUGAAAUUGAGGUUUAACUCCUAGUCCCUUUUAAAGGCAAAGUUUGUCAAGCUUUAUCUUACAGGACAGCAAAUUGGAAGACAAAUGUAACUGUUGUGUGUCUUCAACAGGUGACGAGAUGGUGGAGACAGAGAUCAGAAGUACCCAGAUCGUAACAUCACCAUAUACUAUUCGUUUCAAAAGAACACCCAAAUUUUACAAGCCAAGACUGUCCUUUGACAUUACGGUAUUGUGCUUAUUUAUGGUUUAAAAAGACUGCCUGAGCAAACAUAGACGCACUUCCUGGAUCAUUAAUAACUCAACUAAAAGUCAGGCAUCAUUUAAGUGUUAAGCUGUUUUCAUCUCUGAUGGCAGGUUGAGGUAUUAAAUCCUGAUGAAUCUCCAGCAAACAGAGUCCAAGUGGUUGUGGAUCCAGGCCAGGUGAGGGCCUUUACUGAUGCCAGUGGCAAGGCGAGGCUGACCGUCUCUACAGUGGAAGCCAGUAACCAACUUGAAAUAACAGUAGGUCUUUAGCAUCAUUUAAUAUCAAUCUGUCCUUUGCAGCUUAUGAUACAUAAUUCUGUCCCUGAACUAAACCUACUAUUUUUUAUUUUUAGGCAAAGACUGAUGAUUCUCGUAUUACAAGGGAAGGACAGGCAUCAGUCACCAUGGUGGCUCUUCCACAUAAGACUAACAGCAACGAAUUCAUUCACAUAGGUGAGAUACGUCCUGAAAAACUGUACCAGCAGAUGGUAAAAUCAAUUGUACAAACAGUGGCAGUGCUGUCAGGAUACCUAUUAGCUGCAGUAGCAUCCCUCAUUAAAAAUGCUCUUUUCACAGAGUUGAGUAAAUCUGAAGUAGAUGUGAAAGAAGACUUAAAAGUCAACUUCAUCUUCAAUAGGCAGGAUAAUACACAAAAAGACACAACAUACCUGGUGAGAGAUUUUAUGCAUCUGCUUUUGUCUAUAAAUUUGCAUAUCCACAAUUCCAAGUGGUCUGCAUCAUAUCAUCUUGUGCUGGACAUGAGCUCAUGUUUUCUUUUUAAUCUGCAUUUCCAGAUCUCCAGCAGAGGUCAGCUUAUUACACAUGGCAGUUUUGUUACAAAAGGUCAACUGCUUAUUUCCAUCAGAAUCCCCAUAACCAAAGAAAUGAUGCCAUCCUUUCGAAUUGUGGCCUACUAUCACACAUUAAAUGAUGAAGUGAUAUCAGACUCUGUCUGGGUGGAUGUCAAGCACUCCUGCAUGGGCUCGGUGAGACAUGAAAUGAACUUUGAAUGGGAUGAGCCAAACUACCACAUGUAAAGUGAAAGUGUGUGUCAAGAAGUCUGAAUCCUUCCCAAAUGAAAACAUCCUGUCCCUCCUGCUUGCUCUAGCUUAAGUUGGAGGAAGUCAAUCGUGAGCCAUACCAUGCGCCUCGACAACCCUUCUCUCUGACAAUAACAGGGGAUCCAGGUGCCAAAGUGGGGCUGGUAGCAGUUGACAAAGGCGUCUAUGUCCUCAAUAAUAAGCAUCGGCUCACCCAGAAGAAGGCAAAUACUUGAAUGUCUUUCCCAUAACAAAUAUUAAAGUUGAGGUUUAAUUUGUGACAAAAGCACAAUCGAAAUGCACAUUAUUAUGAUUUAUUUAGCUGUAUUUAUAUCUGUGAAUAACUUUCUCACUCUUUAGGUGUGGGACAAUGUAGAAAAGUACGACACAGGCUGCACUGCAGGUGGAGGGGAGAACGGUAUGGGUGUGUUCUUCGAUGCUGGGCUGUUAUUUAGGUCCAGUUCUUCAGAGACUGACUACAGACAAGGUGAUACUAUUUCAGCCUCUAUGUGUGUCUUUCUAUUCUUAUUUACUAGAACCAAAUCAGCCAUUGAUGGUGGCAAAAUAUAUUAUUACAGAGUAUUCAUAAAUUAUUCACAUUUGCAUUUACUGUUGAGCAACUCCAGUAGUUAAAAACAUGAACACACGAUCAUGAAAAUGAUCUAUUAGGUUAAACAUUUUAGAAACAACAGAAAAUCAUGUCAUACUUCACAAACCUGACAGUUAUCACCAAUCACCCUAAAACUUUUCAACCCCAUUAUACAUAUACAUAGAAUUUCUUAUUGAUGAACUAACCCUUUAUUCCUUCAACUGUUAUUCACAGCAAUACUAGACAAGAGAAAUAUCUAAUGUUCAAAAGAAAAUACCUCUAAAUAACUAAUAAUCUGUGCAUUAUAUAGACAUAAACUUGGGAGUAAUACGUGUAUUGAUCUUAUUAAAGCUUUGCUUCAUCUUACACUCAUAUCAAAUACUUGUUCUACAUUCUACCUCAUUACAUACUGACUGUUUUCAAACCAACAUAUUUAUAUGAUCUGUAUUAUGACACCUCAUAGUGAUUGUUUUGAAGUAUCACAUCACAGAUGCCAUGCAUUUUGCCUUAAAUAUCAUGUCUGAGAUGUUUUGUAUUUUCAGAAUUAAAAUGUCCAACCACCAGCAGGAGGAAACGAGCCAACACUAUUAUGGAAGUCAGAGCCAGCCUGUGUAAGAAUCAUUGCCCUAAUCACCCUAGUUAUAGGCUACCAUAGACUGUAUAUAGAAUGGACGCUGUCUGCCGUCUACUGAGAACAGCACCCUCUGGUGAUGGGCUGCAGUAUAGGUCAUUAAUCCCGCCUACUCCAGCCAUCCCUAUGAAGCUGUGGACAAACUCUAGAAACGUAUUACACAGAAUUACAUUUUUUCUCCCCCCUGUUUACAAUGUUGACAUGUUGCUAAUGUAAGACUGGUUUGUGCUCAAGUCCUCUUUUUUUCUGUGCAGCUCCAUUUUUAAGUUACUAGAGGGUUCAUGUUUUCUAUGAUUGACACUUGAUACAGCCUGAGUGUACGAAAAUUGCGUAGCUCACCAGGAGCUACGUUUGAGCAAAGCGUCAUUACAGCGACUCUCAUGCUGAAUGCUUACAAUGCUACAAUGGAAGGCGGAACCAAGUUGUCUAUAGUAUAUACAGUCUAUGAGUUACACCCACUCCCACUGAACACACACAUGAUUGAUUUGUAAUCUUAGUAAUGUUGUCUCACUGUUGAAAUAUUACUGAAACCCCUGAAAAUUUCCUGUAUCAUCGGGUUGGGCUUCAUAAUCAACUGCUCACCUCAACUUCUCAACCUGAACUGUUUCCUUAAACAUCCUUAAACAUGUUGUAGUGAUAUUAACCCACAAAAUGUCACCAUGGUGGAAGACCACUCAUCUGACACCGAGUCUUCUGCUAUCAAGUUCACGUAAAAACCCUUAUAUUCUGAUAUGGUAUAAAAAAUUCUUGAAAAUCAAAAUCACCUCUGUUGUUGAACAGUUCAGGAGUGCGGCCAGAAGGCAGACCACUGGGGGGAAACAGUUGAGGGGAUGGCCUAGAGGCUGACCACUUGGGGAAAAUGAUCCAGAAGGGUGACCCUCCAUUCCAGAAGUAGGCAUAGGCUGGGAUACAGACACAGAGACCAGGGUGGCCAUCCUAAGUACCAUCCCAGUGUCAGGCUGGGAGCCAGUACCCAGACAUGGCACUGGGACCCGGGUGGCUGGCCUGGAAGCCAAUCUGGGAGCAGGCACUGGGAGCCAACCUUGGAGCAGGGCCUCUGACGAGGAAACAGGAAUUGGCAGGGCCUCUGAUGAGGACACAAAAUUCACACAAGGACAUGCAUGGGAAAAUAAAGAUGUCCAAAAAAGUCCCAAAGUAACUCUAAGAAGGAUAGGUGGAGGGGGCCUGUAAGGAGGGCAUGUAGCUUCUGUCGGCAAAUGGUUCAGGGGACUGCCUGAAGUCAGACCAGAGCCUCUAAAAUCAGAUUGGCCCUUCUGAAAAAACUCUGCAAAUCACUCACUUUGGUAAAAGAAAUAUUAAACUGUCUAAAUUAACUUUGUCUGCUGGGUCCAUUGCUGGCUGGUGUAUCUUGUUCUGAUAAAACAAAAGCAAAAGUAAGGACCAACAUGCAGAACACAGAGAUUUAUUACAGAGAAAACAAGAGGAAAAAUUUCACCAAAAACUUUAAAAAUGUCCAACAAAUCCAAAUAACCAAAACGCCUGGAGCAAACAGUCCAAAGAAACACAAAGGCUGUGGGUAGACACGAGAACAUGAAUGAGAAACUAAAAGGAACAGAAAAUACGAAAGAAGGAAAAAAAAAAAAAACACAAGAAUAAACCAUGACAUUUUUAGGUUCAUUUAGCAAGAGUAACGUCUGUCUCACCUUCUCAUCCUUUAUCCUAUCUAGUGGGUCAAUAUGAAGACAAAGUGCAACGUGAGUGUUGCUAUGAUGGUUUGAAAGAAACCCCUGUCUCAUACAGCUGUGAAAGGCGGAGCGAGUACAUUGCAGAAGGUCAGGCCUGUGUUGAGGCCUUCCUUCGCUGCUGCAGAGAGAUGGAAAGUCAGCAAGCAGAGAGGAGGGUGGCAUAUCUCCAGCUGGCUCGCAGUAAGAGAUGAGGGUAAAAAAUUGGGGUCCUAGAUUUCGAUAACAUGUUUCUUUUAAUCAAGAGCUAAUAAAACUCUUUCACUGACACUUAAGGUGAUGAAGAUGAUGGUUAUGAAGACAUCAAGAAAAUUACUUCUCGAACCAGUUUUCCCGAAAGUUGGCUGUGGAUGGAUAUUCUGCUGCCCUCAUGCUCUCUGGAAGAUCCUCACUGGUAAUACAAUAAACCUAAUGUAUACAGAUAUUCCCACCACUUUGGAUAUUUGUCCCAUUAAAGUGAUUUUUUUCCCUUUUCUCAGUGAAACCACAUCUAUGACGAAAAAAGUCUAUCUGCAGGAGUCCAUCACAACCUGGCAGUUUACUGGCAUCAGUCUGUCCAAAACUCACGGUGAGAAGAUGAUGUUUCACUGCAAAAUCUGACAUCUUUUCAUCACUUUAAUUUUUUCGGCAGACAAUUAAAAUAGCUUAAAUGUGUUAGGUCCGUCUGUAGAGACUGCCUCUCUCUUCGUCACUUUUUACUUUGCUCCUACAACAAGCUGAUAGUUAUCAUUAAAACAAUCCGUUUUUUUUUCAAAUGCAGCAAUAAUUCCUUGAACAUGCACAUCUCAAAUUUACUAAUUAAGCAUGUAUGUUUUUUUGUUUUGUUUUAAUUUUCAGAAUACUCUCAACAACUCACAGUAAAUUUUAACAUAAAUAAUUUUAAAAAAGGGGUAAAAACAUGGUAGUACUGGGAAUAAAAUUUGGCUCUGAUCAUUGUCUUGGCUGGCUCAUUACUAGCAGAUGAGAUACACCUACCAUCAUCCACAUUUGCAAUUCUGAAAUUAACUGUGACUCAAUUAAACAUAAUUCAGACCAACACCAUAUUAAAGGGAUAUUCCAGCGUAAAAUUAAGUUAGGGUCAAACACACCGUAACACUGAGUUAGACAACCCCUCCAGAGAUGAAUGUUGCCGACCGCUUUCUUCUCCAGUUAUACCAACUUUAGUAACAACCGCACAAUAGCAAUACAGAGAGCCACCCACUCAACCAAAAAGCCACUCUAUGGCCACAAAUAACCCUCAGAACAGCACCUAACCUUAUCAACAGUACAUAUAGGGCCCCAGCCACAGAACAAGCCAUCAAACAUCUUUUUAGCUUUGCCUGAUUUCUUCAGCAAAGAGACCAAACACAACUCAUAUUCUCUCUUCCAGCAGCCGCUUGUUUGUACGGAGACCUCCAGACAAGUCCAUCGACUGCAGUGGGGUGACGCAGCUCAAGAAAGAAAAAUUAUGAUAAUUUCUUUAUCAUUUCCUUGAAGUAUCAUGAUAAUCAUUUUGCACUGCAGACGCAGUAGUUCCUCUGCCUUAGUGUCUCAGUCUGAUUGCAUUUCCAUGAAGAAAUGAUCAUAAAUGUUCUUCCUUGAGCUGCAUCCUCCCGCUGCAGUCAAUGGACUCACCCGGAGGUCUUGCUACAAACAAGCGGCUGCUGGAAGACAGUAGGAGUUGUGUUUAGUCUCUUUGCUAAAGAAAUCAGGCAAUUACACAAGUUUUUUUUUUUUUUUUUUUUUUUUUUUUUUAAUGAGUGGGAGUGUUGCUGUGCUUUAAAGGUGUCUGACAAGCAGAGGAAUGUGCACUGUGAAAUGUUUCAUGUCUAAUUGGGUAUAUCAAUUACAUGCCCUUCAAAUCAGGAUAUAUGACUCUAAGAUUGAACGAGGUUUUCCUUGGUCUAAUGGCUACAGCCUUUUCCUGCAUCCCCAGGAUAACAACAUGCUACCUUUGCACCUGACCACACUGAACUUUAAAGCCAACAUGACCACAGGCAAGAUCAUUAGCUAUUUACAUAACACAGGCACUAAGGGCAAGAAAAGAAAUUAUAACUUUGUUUGGUGAAAAAAAAUGACCACGACACUUAAACUGCACUCCAGGACACCAGUAUUGGUUGUAAAAUUUGGCCAAGAAUCUCUCUGGUUGUAAAAAUAACUUGAAUGAUGUAUUUCACCAAGCUUCUCUAACCAGACAAGCAUUCUUCUCAUCUUUCAAGGGAUCUGUGUGGAUGACACAUUUGAGGUCACCGUCAAGAAGAAAUUCUUCAUUGACCUCAAACUGCCAUACUCUGCAGUCCGAGGGGAGCAAUUGGAAAUCAAGGCUAUCCUACAUAACUACAGCCCAAAUACUGCAACUGUAAGUCACUCCUCAGCUCUUGAGUUCAGAACAGAUGGCCCAGUUUGUAAAAGCCCCAAUUCUAAAAUAGCGAGGAACUGUGGCAAAUCAUUAAAACCAUUUAUGUUAUCCAUUAUUUAAUUUUGGUUGACUUGGUGACUGCAAGGGCAUCAUCAGUCUCUUUUUUACUGAGCUAUUUUUGGACUUGUAUGCCCUGGAUCCAUUUUCUGUCUAUUUUAUUAAUGUGAUUACAUAUUUAUUCAUUGAUCCUUACUUGUCUGAGUCAAGCUGUUGAACUCUCUCCCUUUCUAACUUUUACCAUAUUUUUGUAAGGUACGUGUGGAUCUGAUUGAGCACGCAGACCUGUGCAGUGCAGCUUCUAAGCGUCGUAAAUAUCGUCAGGAGGUUACAGUUGGAUCACAAGCUACACGAGCUAUAUCCUACAUUGUUAUUCCUAUGAAAGAAGGAGAAGUCCCCAUUGAAGUCAAAGCAGUUGUAAAAGACUCCUAUCAACUUAGUGAUGCUAUAAAGAAGCAGCUGCGAGUAGUGGUAAGCGAUACAGACAUUUGUCUUUCUAUGAUGUCAUAUUUGUCAUUUUGUUGGAAACAAUCUAAGCUGUGGAGACCUUACACAGAGUUCAGUUUUGACUUUUUUAACCCUGACCUUGAAGUACUUGAAGUACCAGCUGCAGCCACAUAAUAACCAGUGUUGGGGUAGUUACUCAUAAAAAGUAAUUUGUUACUAGUAACUAGUUACUUCUGUAAACUGUAAUGAGAUUACUUAACUAGUUACUGUAUUUGAAAAAUAUUUUCACUACUUAUUACUUGACUUUCCUGUUUCUUAUUAUACCGUGCAGAGGUAGGGGAGAGUGAGGAAAGAUGAGCCAUUUUUCAUAUUUCAGAUCACUACAUCAAGGCAAUCACAGAUUUGUCUCUAACUUGUGUAUCUACAUAUAUUUCAAGAUGUUUCGCAGCCCUCCAAACCAACAGAAUGAGUGUAAACAGAACUGUCUUGUUAAUAUAGCAUGCCAAAAAAGUGGUCCUCUAUGGUCAACUUACCCUGUGUAUGGGGUUACUUGAGCACAGGAGCGGGGUGAGUUGAGCCGUAUCCCUACUGCGCCCCCUCAAUCUCUUCAAAGGACUUUCAAAGGACACAUGAUUGUGUAAUGCAUGUUAAGUCGGAAAGCAGCAUCUUCACAGGCAAGUUUUUGUUUACAUUCAACAGUGAGGCUGCGAGAUAGCGACACAGUGAGAAAAAAACACCCAAGAAAAAUGAAUCCUGCGAAAGAAAAGACUGUCAGGGUGUACGGAGAUAAGCUGGACAAUGGUCUAAAAGCUUGAUAUCAAGAAAAUUCCUAAUUCCUAUUCCUAUUACACUAAAUUCCUAUUGCGCGUUCCUAUUGUUUAGUAAAGUAAUUAAGUUGCCGAUUUUUUUUAGUGUAGUACGUUACUUUACUCCGUUACCCCUCAAAAAGUAAUAUUGUUACUGUAAUUCGUUACUUUGUAGUGUGCUACCCCCAACACUGGUAAUAACAAUAUUCAUCUCAGUAGUUGUAUGUGAGUAGUACCUUGGGGAUAAUAGCUGUUGCUGCUUGUCAUAAUUUGUUAAACCGCAACUAAGGGAUUAAACUAUAUGUGAAGUACUAAAAGCAUUUAAUAAUGUAAACAUGAUGUGUUCCCAUUGUUUUCUAGUCUGAAGGUGUCCUGACAAAAACAACAAAAGUCAUAACAUUACACCCAGAUAAAAUGGGUGUAGGUAAGUUGACCACUAAAUUAGCUAAAAUCAACAACAAAAAACAUCUCAUUUUGUUUCUUUAGUUUUCUUACCCCCUUACUCACCAACUGUUUCUCUCUCUGCAGGCGGCAGACAAGAACUGACUAUUAACUCAGAUGUUAAUUUAGAUGAUAUGGUCCCAAACACAGAUACCAGCACACUCAUCUUCGUGACAGGUAAUAUUGAAUGUUCAUCUCCUUAGCUGCAAUGUCAAACCUCACCAUUUUAUUGAAUGAAGCAGUAGCUAAAGAAAAAGGAUUUGUCAGAGAGGACCAAUUCAGUGAUCAGUUUUUGGUAUUUUUCUUUGACAUGACGUAUUGUUCCAAAGGAAGUAUUUUCUUCUGAACAUGAGUAUGCAAAGACGGGGGCUUGAGUUCAAGACUUGCACUUGAGUCACACACUAAGGUGACUCCAGAUUUAACCUGUGCUCGACCCUCAGAGACUGUGGGACUUGUGCACAAUAUAAUCAAUAACAUCACAAGCUCCAUUUAGUUACCCCUUUAUCAAGCCUUUUCUGGUGCAUGAGUGCAAUACCGCAUCACUGACUGCCAAAAUGACACAGCACUAAAGACACAGACCAUAACUCAGUCGCUCCAGCACACCAGAACAGCUUGGACAAUAAAUAAACCACCACUGUUUACUCCUUGCCUCUGUUCAUGCUGCUGGUGAUCUAAGAGAGAGAAAAACACAGACGCAGUUGGUCCCUGCUUGUAAUGCAGGCUGAUGACUGAGAUCAAUGUCCCAUAUUAAAUAUAUAUAUAUCACUGUUUUAAAAGUUUUGUACAGCUGCUCUCAGUUUCGGAUCAUUAUUACAGCAGGUGAUUGCCCUUUCUCACACCUCAACUGUCCUGUUGAUGAAACAUUCGAAGCAUGAGCAUGUUGUUUCGGGUCUUGCCGAUAAGUUUUUCCAAAAGAACAGACACAGAAAAGCAUGAAGAAAAUGUAAGAAGGAGGAAGAUCAUGGCACUGCUAAAAGUGAAGAGAUGAGGUUGUUAGGUGCAGAUUCAGAUUCAACUUUCAACUGUUAGUUCUUUUUGAGUUCAUAUAGAUUAGAGCUGGGGGAAUAUAUCUAGUAUAGGGCCACUGUGUUGUGUUGCUUUGUAGCUCACAGAUAUUAGUACUUCAUAUGGUAUAUGUAGAGUUAACUGAAUAUUAGUUUGACAUGAUGGAAAAUAAAUUAAGUCAUAUUUUUCGAUAAAUGGAGCCCUCCAUUAUGACCAUUCAGUUUAGUUUUGUUAUUAUUGAUUCUAUGAAAGACUUGACUGGGACUAGUAUUAACCCUCUGGGGUCCUUAAAAAAAGUUACACUUAGGUCCUUAGGUGGACAAAAAUGUCCAUCUACUAAAAGUGCUAUAAAAAUAUUAUACAUUAAUACUUUUUUCCACAUUUUUGCUUAAAUGGGAAAAAAAGGAAUUUGGAGUUUUUUUCCAUAUAUUCAAUGCUGGGCAGGAAUUUCUUUAUGUUUUUUUAUCAAGGUCUAUGAUGUGCCAAUAAUUAAUAACAACAUUAAUUUUGAUGCAUUAUUAUGUUUGAUGUAUUGUCCGAUUUCUAAAAAGUUAUGCUUAGGUCCUUAGAUGGGCAAUAAUGUUCAUCUCCUAAAAGUGCUAUAAAGUAUUACACAUGAAUAUUUCUUCUCACAUUUUUUUUGCUUAAAUCUUUUAAUCAACUUCAGUCCUAAUCAUGACUACCAAAUAUUUAUUCAUUUUCAGAAUUUCAACACAAAAAAUAAGAAUGCAUCAAACUAAUGUUGUUGCUAAUUAUUGACAUACCAUAGGCUGCCAUAUAAAAAAAGGAAAUUCCUGCCCAGCAUUUAAUAUCUAGAAAAUAACUUCCUAAAUAAUAUACUCACUAUAUAAUACUUCCUAUAAAUUCCUUAAUAUAUAUAUAUAUAUAUAUAUAUAUAUAUAUAUAUAUAUAUAUAUAUAUACAUAUAUAUACAUACAUAUAUAUAUAUAUAUAUAUAACAGUGAGUAGUUAUGAUUGGAAGUUAUGAUUAGGACUGAAGUUGAUUAAAAGAUUUAAGAAAAAAAAAUGUGAGAAGAAUCAUUAAUGUAUAAUACUUAUAGAAGAUGGACAUUUUUGUCCAUCUAAGGACCUGAACAUAUAGUGUUUUUGUCACACUGUGAAUAUUGACCUGGUGUAAUAAUGGAUGGCCAUGUUCUAAAAUUUAGAAAGAAGAAAAAAAAAAACUCUGAAAAAAAAUCAUGCCAUUUGCAUUAACACAGCCAAAAUGAUCAACAAACAAAAGGUAAAAAGUCACCAAAAAUGGGCAAAAAUGUCCUAAGAGCCCCUGGGGGUUAAAAUAAUAACAAUGCAUCAGGUUCAUAUGGCGCUUUAUCAGCGACCCUCAAAGCACUUUACAUAGGAAACAUCAAUCAUUCACUCACACAGUCACACCCUGGUUGUGGUAAACUACCUUAGUAGACACAGCUGCCCUGGGGCAGACUGACAGAAAUGUGGCUGCCAGUUUGCACCUACCCCUACUGGGCUAAGUGUCUUGUCUAAGGACACAACAGACAUAUUAGGGAUAGGGGGGAAUCAAACCACCAACCUUUCAGUUAUUGGAAGACCUCUCUACCUCCUAAGCUACUGCUGCCCCUGUCACUGCACUCAGAGACUUAAGACUCGACUUUGACUCAUGACCAAAAACCUGAUACUUGACUUGGACCUGCGAAAAAUGACUUGUGCCCUGUGCCCAUCUCUGUGAGCAUGACAUUGAGAACCACCUUUGUGUCCACUCAGGAGGGCAGCAGAUGAGUCAACUAGUAGAGAAGGCCAUUAGUGGGCACGCUUUGACUUCCCUGAUUGAGAUGCCCUAUGGCUGCGGAGAGCAGAACGCUGCCUCCAUGACUCUACCUGUCAUUGCAACUACAUACCUGGACAAAACCAACCAAUGGGAAGCUGUGGGCUUAGGGAAACGUGAAGAAGCCCUGCAGUACAUUGCUUCUGGUAGGCUAUAUUUGUCAUACAUGCAGUAGAUGUACCGUUUAAUGUACUAGAUGUUCUAUUUGAGGGGACUCUUCAUUUCAACACUUUUGGGUAAGAUCUCGUAGGGACUUGAAUUGCAGACAGUUAAAAUAAUUUUGUGUUCUGUUAUUUUAUAGGCUACCAGAAUGAGCUGGCAUACCGUAAAAGUGAUGGGUCUUUUGCUGUGUUUAAACACAGUAAGGGCAGUUCCUGGUGAGGUAUAUUUUUGAAUUUGAAGAUUGAUUUUUUUAACUUCUUGAAUCAUAAGCAAAACUAUUCUGCACAGUUAUCAAUUAAAUAAGGAUUAUGACACAACAUCUCUCCUCUCUUCUGAAAGGCUGACAGCCUAUGUGGUCAAAGUGUUUGCCAUGGCCAGUAAUCUGCAGGUGACAGUGCAAAGACACGUGAUCUGUGAUGCUGUCAGAUUUCUCAUCCUCUAUGCACAGCACCCAGAUGGCAUGUUCACAGAAGUUGGACGCGUGUAUAGUGAAGCGAUGCGUGUACGUUUACUAAUUCAAGAAUCAAACUCAGACAAACAAGCAAGCCGCAGUGAGUUUUAAAAAUGCCUGUACUGUGUGUGUGUGUGUGUGUGUGUGUGUGUGUGUGUGUGUGUGUGUGUGUGUGUGUGUGUGUGUGUGUGUGUGUGUGUGUGUGUUUGCAUAUUUAGGGUGGUGUGCUUACUGCAAAUACUGACGUCUCCAUGACAGCCUUCUGCCUGAUUGCCAUGCAGGAGUCACAAACAAUAUGUGCUGAUUCUGUCAGUGUAAGUACAAAUCUAAAAUGACAAAUUUUAAACCCUUUUUUGUUUUUUUUAAUUUUGAUGAUUAUAUGGGUUGUGAAAAUCAGAAAUCUCUAACCAUUAUGAUCUAACCAUUAUUCCAUGGACAUCAGAACUAUUUUCUGAGGGGGGCUAGAUUUUUGCUGGGAGGGGUGGCAGAGAGAUACACACUUGUCUAAGGAUUUAAUUUGAAGUUAUUUUAUUAUAGCACAAGAGAACUGUUCAAGCAAUUCAUAUAUUUCAAGCAGGGUCGAAACAUCGCAUUCCUCAUCAAAGGGAUAUUCUGGUGUAAAAUUAAUUUAGGGUCAAACACACCAUAACACCAACUUAGACAUCGAGAUGAAUGUUGCCGACCGCUUGCUUCUCUAGUCAUACCAACUUCAUCAACAACUAAAUGAAAGCAAUACACAGUUGUCUACUUCUCUGCACACAAACCUCAAACAAAACGCCACUCUAUAGCCACAAAUAAUACUCAGAACAGCACCUAACUUCAUCAACAGAGCAUAAGGUGUCCCAGCAUAUAGUACUAGCCAUCAAACAUCUUUUUAGCUUUGCCUGAUUUCUUUAGCAAAGAGACCAAACACAACUCACCAACUCUCUUCCAGCAGCCGCUUGUUUGUAGCAAGACCUCUAGGUGAGUCCAUUGACUGCAGCGGGAGGAUGCAGCUCAAGGAAGAACAUUUAUGAUCAUUUCUUCAUGGAAAUGCAAUCAGACUGAGACGCUAAGGCAGAGGAACUACUGCGUCUGCAGUGCAAAAAGAUUAAUAUGAUGAUUAUUACUUCAAGGAAAUGAUAAAGAAAUUAUUAUAAAUUUUCUUUCUUGAGCUGCAUCACCCCAUUCCAGUCGAUGGACUUGUCUGGAGGUCUCCAUACAAACAAGCGGCUGCUGGAAGAAAGAAUGUGAGUUGUGUUUAGUCUCUUUGCUAAAGAAAUCAGGCAAAGCUGAAAAGAUGUUUGAUGGCUUGUUCUGUGGCUGGGGCCCUAUAUGUACUGUUGAUAAGGUUAGGUGCUGUUCUGAGCAUUAUUCGUGGCUAUAGACUGACUUUUUGGUUGAGUGGGUGGCUCUCUGUAUUGCUGUUGUGUGAUUGUUACUAAAGUUGGUAUAACUAGAAAAGUAAGAGGUCGGCAAGAUUCAUCUCUCGACAGGAUGUCUAACUCUAACGGUGUUAUGGUUUGUUUGACCCUAAAUUAAUUUUAUGCUGGAAUAUCCCUUUAAGGUCAUUAUGAGUGUUCAUAGUGGCCAAAUGUGUCAUCUCUCCUGCCUCAUGCUGUUGCGCAGCCAGGUUUUCAAUCUGUGUGGUGCUGAGAAAUAGCUUUCAGAUGCCGUGACAGGCAGGGGCUGGGCCAGACAGAACUAUAUGAGCUUCUCCACCUCGGACAGCAUGGAGCGAGUUUGGGGCUGCAAGGUUUGUUGGAUGGACACAACAUCCUGGAUGGCGCUAAUUUCUCGUUCCCUACACACAUCCCUCAGUAUGUCCAGCUCAAGGCUUAGCUGCUCUCAUGGAAAAGGGAGUCAGCCCCGGGGAACCCAUAUCAACUACUUUCCCCUGAGCCGCCUCAAGAACUGCCUUGUUAGAGCCUGAUAUGUAACAGUGACCUGAAAUGUUAUUUUAAAAAAUGCAAUAAAACCCCAAAUGUAGUAACUGGUCGAUAAUGUAACAAGAUACUGAGCCCAAAACAUAUAAACAUUUUGCCCAAAAUGUUGCAACUUAUUAUAUUUUGUGUCAGUUAUUACAUUUUAGGUUUUAUUGCAAUUUUAUUUUAUUUUUUUUACAUUUUGGGUCAUUGUUACACAUCGGGACUCUGCAACUCUGCUGAGUCCCUCCUGAUCCAAAAGCACCACGUCCAUGGCCUCAAACACUUCUCUCUUCCAUGAACUCACAUUGCUUGUGACAUUAGGUUAACAGAUCAAAACAACAAUACUCGCAAAAACAAGUCUUAUUAUUAUUAUUUUUUUUGUUAAGCUUGUACACACUGAACUGUCGGAUGCAGCCUGACUCCAUACAGUAGCCUAUGCCAGAUACCAAGGCUACUGUAUCAUACUGUAGCACAUACUAUAUCUAUGCCUCUGAUAUUAUUUGAAAGAGAUACAUGUCAGGCUGUAUGGGGUAAAUGUACAGGCUGACGGGGUAAAUGACUUUUAUAAAUGACUUUAUUACGACUUUAUUCUUGUUAGUAAUGACUUUAUUACGUCUUGUAAAUUAACUACUUUAAUCUCAAAGUCUUAAUAUUCUUUUUUUCUUAAUGUGGCCCUAAUACGCCAUCGUAGUGGAUCAACCAAGAUUAAGUUGAAAUUUAAGAGACAGAAACAAAUUGGAGUUAUCAAUGAUGAAAACAACCAUCUUCAUUAUUUAUUCGAAACACAUUAGGGUUAGUGGUAUUAUUGCAUAAAUCAAAUUCUUAAUUGUUUCAUUUACAUAUGCAAUUGGGCCUAAAUGUUUCUGUGGGUGCAAAAAAUGAGGUCCAAAAGGGAAAAGUCAAGAAAAUAUAUUUUACUAACAGUUUUCAAAGGAAACUUAAAAGAAAUAAUUGUUGUAAAGCCCUGACAACACAAGACAGAAAGAACUUAUACACCGAUACACCAGAGAAAUAGGCUAAUAAAUACUAUGUGCAACUCACUGACAUAAAGGGUGAUGACAGUGUCAUUUUUUAUUCGUGACACUCUGCUUUUUUACAGUUAAAAUAAAUGAUAUGCUGUUAAUUUAUCAUGCUUGUUAAUUUAAAAAUGACAUAGCCAAAACAAAAAAUCCAUUUGAGAAGUUGCUGAUUAUGGGUGUUAUUGCUCAUUUAAUGUCUUUUCUUCUCAUCUAGAGUCUAACCAGCAGUAUGAACAAGGCAACAACCUACAUCCAAUCACGUCUGUCUGGUCUCACCAAUCCAUAUGCUGUUGCAAUUGCAUCAUAUGCUCUGGCCAAUAGAAACAUGCUGAACCUGGAGAUUCUCAACAAGUUUGUGUCUGAAGGUAUCCCCAAACCCGUUUAAGACCUUUACACAUACCUGAGUCACAUAUGAACAUAAAAACUCAAAGCAGCAGAUUUAAUCUAUACAGCAGUGAUGACGUUUGUUGGUAAACCAGUACAGCAUUGAUAGUGUGUGUUUGUAUGUCCUUGUGUCUUCUCCAGACUCCCACUGGCCUGUGCCUGGUUCACAGCAGUACACGCUGGAAGCUACAGCUUAUGCUCUUCUUGCUCUGGUGAAGGCUGGGGUGAGCUUAUGCCUCUAAAUGUUUUGGAUAUGUUGACAUGGAGCAGGUAGGAUGUUAAGCAUGUUUAUAAACCUUAUAUAUUACCAUAUUGACAGGGGCGUGUUCAAAGGGAUGGCCAGGGGUGGUACCUCUCCAAAUUGGUUUGGCCACCCUAAAAUCCUAAGCUCUCAGACUGAUGAUUCACUUUGCAAGAGGGAGGGCUUCUGUUAAAGGCGGUUUUCCCUAUGGGUGAUGUGGGAGACCGCCCAGGGCGUAAUUUAAGGGCGCAUUAGCGCCCUCCAAAAGAAAGAAAAAAAUAACAACCUCGCUAGUUUUCUAGAUUACCGCUUAUUUCCACAACAAGUUAGUGGAGUGGGUGCUCGGGCACCCCACUUAUCACAUCAACUUGCUGCUGAGUCAUGUAUAUAGGGUUAGAUGUCACUCAAUAUCAGAAGAAAAGGGGGGUCAGGCCGGUGGGGAAUCAAUUUAUGACUGCAGAGGUUGUGUAUAAGUGAAUGAGUCUCGUGUUGCAUUCACAUCAAGUAUGAAUAAAACCCUCAACUCAUUUAAUCAUUCGUAUCCGGACAUGCAAAUGUGCAUUUAGUUGCUUAUUUCACAAGAAUAACUUGCUUGAUUUGCGUGCUUGUAUCAGAUCUGCAGAGAGCCAAAACACACGUAAGGUUAUGAAAGAGGAGAGAAAGAGAGGAGGGGUUCCUGCAGCUCAGGUCAGUCUGUUUGUAUCGAGCACAGCAGAGGUUGACCACACUGUGAGGAUCUGUUGUGUUAAAACAACUUACCAGAUAAUUAGAACUCCUUACUCUCUCUCCUCCAGCUUGGCAUGUUUUUAGGUAUGAAAAAAGUAUUAAAAAUACACAAAUCUGUGCAUGUACUUUCGUGUUUUCAAGCACUACCUAAUAGCAAUCCAAUCACCCAGAACACGUUAGUGCCAGGUGUAAACAGGGUAAAAGAUCAUGAACAAUACCUUUUUUUUUUUGUUUGAGCUGGGGGGUCUCAUGGUAUAGGUCUAUGAUAUGUUUUAGGUAAAGGUUUGUGUUUUAAGGACGACUGAUUGAAUACAUCUACAUCUAGUCAAAUGAAAAACCUAAAAGGCAAACAAACUGAAAUCUGCAUUGAUUCAAUUCCUUUUCUUGUCCCUGAUUAUGAAGGAGUUUGACAAAGCCAAACCUGUUGUCAGAUGGUUCAGAAACCAGCAGACCACGAGUGGAGGCUUUGGAUCAACUCAGGUAACUUUUCUUUCUACAUUUAUCGCUUCUCAAAAUGUAUCUGGUUUAGUUGCGUUGUGUGUACCCAAACAAUUGAUUGUGCCCCUUUUUCCAGCCAACUAUAAUGGUAUACCAGGCUGUAGCCGAGUACUGGGCCAAUGCCAGGGAACCAGACUAUGAUCUGAAUGUGGACAUCUUGUUACCUGGCAGAUCACGGGCUGAAAAGUUCAAAUUCAACAAGAAUACCCAAUUUACCACAAGAACAAGUAAAGUAAGAGCACAAACAGAAAAAAAAACAUUUUUUAACAAAUGCUUUAAAGUUUCUGUUUAAUUAUACCACAGCAACAUUGCAACUUAUUCACUGAUUCCUGACGGUACAGAUCCACCAGAGGCAGAUAGAACAGACAAGCCACCUACUUCAUUCAUGUCACGUUAUCUUGAAUUUUAGGCUGCUUCAUAUAAAACUAACACAAAUGUUUAUGUACCUUUUGUUUAUCAUUAUUUGCUGUAAAUGCAGAGGUUUGACAAAAUGAGGGGGGGGGGAAGUGUUUGUAAAGUGUGCUGUCAGCCAUAGCUGGGAUGCCAGUAAUCCCAGCCUGCUUUGCACAGAGAGGCAAGUGUUUCCAAUGCACAAUGAACAGUGGCAAGUUUUCAGAAACACAGUGCCACCUCUGGUGGGUCUGUGCAGUCAGACAGAAUGGGGGGCUUUCGAUAUUUGUUUCCCCAAUGUUUACAUUUUGUUGAAGUGGUUUUUUUUAAGACCUGAUCCAGUUGAUGCUUUCCUAAGACUGCUUUACCUUUACAUUUGCAAGUGUGUUGAUUUGUUCUUGUAUAUUUUACAUUCUAACAGUUCAACACUAUCAACCGUGAUGUUGAAGUGACGGCCGCAGGAGCUGGAGAAGCAACAUUAAAAGUAAGUUAGCUCUAGUGGUGGAAGCUGCCAUCUUGGUUGUUUAUUAUUAUGCUGAAGAAGCACUCCUGUGUUGUCAUUUUAUUUUCAAAUAGGGGACUGUAGUGGGUCAGUAUACCAAACACUGAGGGGAAAUGGUUUAGAGCUGCAGCAGUUCCAGACUCACAGGCUAGCAAACAUGAGCUAUGCUGACUGAUGGUUUUGGCAUUGCCAAGAUAUUUGUUUGGUACAAUCUGGUUUUGGCCAAAACCAUCAGGAAUGACACUACAGAACAGUGUAAGCCCCUGACUCGUCCAUGCAGUUUGACUCAAUUAGCUGGAGGUAUCUUCCACUUUUCACUAAAUUUAGUUAGUUUUUGACUAACAAAGCCACAUCCACUACUCACAUUUAAUCCCAUGAGUCUAUACAUGUUCAGCCUGUUUGUGUCUUACUCUGGAAAUAAUUGUUCCAUAUGCACUUGAUUUAAGUCGCCUUUAAACAGUUUUUUUUUUUAAUUUUGUUUAAUUCAUGUCUUCAAAUGAGUGUUUUGUACUAAAUGAUGCAUUACCACUCUUCUUAGAAUAAUGGAAAGACCCUCUGGGGGCUAAUGUAGUGUUGUUUUUGGCUCUGACACCAUCUUUUAAAGACUUGGUUGUGUUCAUUUUACAGAUGGUGUCGCUGUAUUAUGCAUUGCCUAAAGAAAAGGAGAGUGACUGCAAGAAGUUUUCCUUGGCAGUAAAUGUGACCCAAGGUAAUUUUGUGUUAUGGUAUCUGCUUUUGGUUUUAAUUGUAGCAGUUUCUAAAUAAUAUUAUUCUGUUGUUUUGGGUUGUUGGUCCCCCUGGAUUUGCUACCAGGAAUGUGUAAGAAAAAGAACAAAUAUGAACAAAGUGUUCGUGAUUUUUUUUUAUUUUUUUCUGUAGAAACCCCACAGGGGAAUGAGAAGAUAUACAAGCUGAGAAUAGAGGUUUUGUAAGUGGCAUUCAAAUUCUCCUGUCAAGGGUUACACAAUCAUGGUGGCCCUGAGGUGCAAAACACAACGACAAAUCAGAAAACACGACACAAAAAAGAAAACACAAUGGCAAAUCAGAAAACACAACACAAAAAGAGGAAACACAACACAAGAGAAAACACAGCAGCAAAAAAGAAAACACAACACAAAAAAAAGAAAACACAACAACAAAUCAGAAAACACAAUGGCAAAUUAGAAAACAGAACAUUAACCAUUGUGUUUUUUCUUCUUGUGUUAUGUUUUCUGUUUUGCCGUUUUGUUUUCUGUUUCAUUUCUGUGUUUUCUGAUUUGCUGUUGUGUUUUCUCUUUUUGUGUUGUGUUUUCUGAUUAACUGUUGUAUUUUGCACCUCAGGGCCACCGUUCACUAUGGCUUUACUGCCAAUAUUUAUCUGUUCUGUAUGUCCCUGAUUCCUUUUAAGCCUAAAAUUUGAUUUUUUUGUCUCCCUCAUGUAAUUGUUUUUAUUUCUCUACAUUGUUCCAUGGACAGGUUUAAGAACCCUGAGCACAGUUCAACCAUGGCAAUCCUGGACAUCAGUUUGCCGACUGGUUUUAUCGCCAACAAAGAACACCUUAAAACAGUAAAGAAAAAAAAAGUGAAAACUUGAUAAGUAAAAGCAAAGAAACAUACAGCAGAAACAAGGAUUUUGACGCUCUGUCUGUCUGUCUGUCUGUCUGUCUGUCUGUAUGUGCAUGCGUGUGUGUGUGUUUUAGAUGUCUGAAGGACAUGCCCGUACUAUUUCAAAGUAUGAGAUGGACACUGUCUUGUCUGAAAAAGGCUCACUUAUCAUUUACUUGGACAAGGUAAGAUUAUCUUUACUCAAUCCCAUUUCAUGUAUUUCAUGUGAGUGCACACCAUCUAUUGGCACAAUGGACAGUCACAUCACGUCCCGUGUUUUUAUGAAUCUGAUUCUCCGGAUCCGUCCGGUGACCGCUGUGAAAGGACAGCUGACAACAGAGGAAAGUCUCUGUGACAGCUUGGAGAGACCGCUGACAGGAGGGAAUAGACCCCACUGGGGCUGUCAUGGGCUAGCUACCCAUGUUGGCAGUCUCCGCUGCUUCAGUAUGUUGGAGACACCCGCAAAACCUGCUACAGAAAGUCAACUAAGGAACAUACCCCUAGAGCCUGCGAGAGCUGGGGCGCAAGAUGGCUCACCGAUUGAUCACACGGCUACAGACCCAGGAACGAAAACGACUAUGAGUAAGAAGAACACAGCACAUGAGAAAACCACAACAGCAGCAGGACACACACUUCAGGUGUGCAGCUGUGGUUGGGAGAAAGUAACAUCGGCAAGGGGAUUAAAGAUCCAUCAAGGGAGGAAAAGGUGCUUGGGAGAGCAGAGACAGGAACCUCGCAUUGACCAGUACUUCUUGCGAAGCAACCGAUCAAGUCAGUCGAAUGAAGCACAGCGACAGGACACAAACCAAAGUUCGCAGAGCAUCAGCACCCCUGUCAUUGAGGAGAAUAACACAAGCACGGAUAUGCCGGUGGACGAUUUCACCCAACCACAGAGACCUCCAAAGGAGGAAAAGAUCAAAGGGCACAGACUGAGUGUUAAGUGGCCCAAAGCUGUUGAGAAGAAAGAGUGGGAAAUGAUCAACAACGACCUGAUAAAAAUCCUGGAACAACAGACAGGCACAGCAGAGAGAAAGCUUGAAACGAUGGGAGACAUUAUCUACCACUAUGGAGAAGAGCGCUUUGGUGUAAACAUCAGGAGAAGUGGAAAGACACAACCAGCACCAACCAAAUCUAGGAGACAGCAAGAGAUCGAGAGACUCGUCAGAGAGCGAAGGCAGCUGAGAAAGCAGUGGAAGAAGGCCUCUGAUGCAGAGAGAGAAGGUCUCAUGCUACUCCAAGCAGACAUCAAAGGUCGGCUGACAACCUUGAGAAGAGCAGAGAACUUCAGGAAACUUCGUAAGAAGAAGGAACACUCAAGAACACGGUUCUACAAAAACCCUUUUAAGUUCGUCAAAGACCUCUUUGCUAAGGACAAGAGUGGAAUCCUGAAAACACCAAAGAAGGAAUUGGAAGAACAUCUGGAGAAGGCCCAUCAGGACACGAAAAGGCAUGAGCAGAUAAUCAUCCCCCAUGACAUCCCACCUAUUCAUCCUCCAGAAUUCAAACUGGACACUGAACCUCCAAAGUGGAAGGAAGUUGAGAAUGUAGUCCGGCGAGCUAGAGCGGCAUCAGCUCCGGGGCCUAAUGGAGUACCGUACAAGCUCUACAAGAACACGCCGGACGUUCUACGCUUUCUUUGGAGACUCAUGAGGAUAGUGUGGCAGAAGGAAAUAAUACCCAAGGCAUGGCGAAGGGCUGGCGGUGUGUUGAUUCCAAAAGAAAAGGAUGCCACUGACAUCAGUCAAUUCCGACCAAUCAGUCUUCUCAACGUCGAGGGGAAAAUCUUUUUCAGCAUAAUGGCACAGAGGCUGUCAACGUACCUGGAAAGGAACAAGUACAUUGAUACAGCUGUACAGAAAGCAGGCAUUCCAGGAUUCUCUGGUUGCCUAGAGCAUACCAGUAUGAUUUGGCACCAGAUCCAAGCAGCUAAGAAGGACAAAAGAGACCUCUAUGUCAUCUUCCUUGAUCUGGCCAAUGCCUUUGGUUCAGUUCCCCAUGAACUGCUCUGGGAAUCUUUCAACUUUUUCCAUGUACCAGAACCCAUCACUAAGCUGGUAAAGGCCUACUUCCAAGACCUUCAACUGUGUUUCACAACACCUGACUUCAUUACAACAUGGCAACGCCUGGAAAUAGGCAUAAUGGCAGGCUGUACAAUCUCACCUCUGGCCUUCACUAUGGCCAUGGAAGUCAUCAUCAGGGCCUCGAAAUGGGUGGUGGGUGGUGAGCGAACUAAGAACGGGCUCCGUCUGCCACCGAUCCGAGUGUACAUGGAUGACAUGACUAUGCUGACCACAACUCCAGCUUGCACCAAGCGGCUGCUGGCGAAACUGGAGGAGAACAUCAAGUGGGCACGAAUGAAAAUCAAGCCAAGCAAAUCUCGAAGUGUUGCCAUAGUCAAGGGGCAGCUGAAAGAUGUGAAGUUCUGCAUUGGCGAUGACCCGAUACCAACGGUGUCUGAGCAACCUGUGAAAAGCCUGGGUAGAUGGUACAGUGCAAGCCUCAAGGAUACAGAUCAAGUGCAGCAGUUACGGCAGGACAUUGUCAACGGUCUGGAGAGGAUCGACAAGACCCUACUGCCUGGGAAGCUCAAGCUUUGGUGUCUCCAGUUUGGACUUCUCCCCAGGGUAAUGUGGCCACUCACCAUGUAUGAGGUCCCAAUAACAUCGGUGGAGAAGAUGGAGCGUACCAUUACAACAUGCGCAAAGAAAUGGCUCGGUGUCCCACGAUGUCUAAGCAACAUCAGCCUCUACGGCAAAGGGGUCCUUGAACUACCUCUCACAAGUUUAACAGAGGAGUACAAGUGCUCUAAAGUUAGGCUUCAAAUGACAUUGCAGGAUUCCAGAGACCAUACCAUCAGCAGUGCUGCACCUCCUGUACUAACUGGACGGAAAUGGACACCAUCGGAUGCGGUGCAGCAAGCAACAUCUGCCCUGAGACACCAAGACAUCCUGGGGCAUAUCCAGUAUGGAAGAGGAGGUUUUGGCCUGGCAGCGAGCAAACCGUCUUGGCGCAAGGCAACAACAUCUGAGCGUAGAAAACUGGUGGUUGAAGAGGUGCGCAGGCAGGAGGAGACUGCGAGAGGUACAAAGGCUGUCUCUCUUGCUAAACAGGGGCAAUGGAUGCGGUGGGAAGGCCUGGAGAGGAGAAAAAUCACCUGGAGUGAGCUAUGGCAAAUGGACGCAAGCAACAUCAGUUUCAUCAUAAGAGCCGUAUAUGAUGUGCUUCCAUCACCAAAGAACCUACAUCAGUGGUAUGGCGAGGAUCCAACCUGCCCUCUUUGCCCAGCUCCAGCGACUCUCAGGCAUAUCUUGACAAGUUGCAAGACCAGCCUCACACAAGGCCGCUACACCUGGAGGCACAAUCAAGUCCUCAAGAGCCUGGCUGCAGCAAUCGAGAUCAAGAGGAAUGCAACCAACCCCUUACCCCCAAGACCAAGCAACCCCAUGAAAUCAACAACAUUCAUCCGGGAGGGACAGGAAAAGCCAAAGCAUACUGCUACGAAGCCAGAAACUGGACACCUAGCCAUGGCCCGGGACUGGAAAAUGCUUGUUGAUGUCGGCCAGCAACUAAUUUUUCCUUCUGAGAUCACGACCACCAACCUUAGGCCAGACAUGGUACUCUGGUCUCCUUCACGAAGAUCUGUCUUCAUCAUAGAACUCACAGUCCCAUGGGAGAACUCUGUUGAGGAGGCCUAUGAGCGAAAAAAGCUGCGAUACACAGAGCUAGCAGCAGACGCAAUUCAACAUGGCUGGAAUGCAAAAGUCUGUCCGGUUGAAGUCGGAUGUAGAGGAUUCGUGGCCUCUUCCACCAUCAGGCUGCUGAAGGAACUUGGAAUCCAGGGACAGGCUCUGCGGCAGACCAUCAGAUCAGUCUCUGAAGCAGCUGAAAGGGGCAGCCAGUGGCCCUUGGGCUAAACGGAAGGACCCUUGCUGGGCCCUAAGAACAUGACCCCCCCCCCCCCCCCCCCGACCCGAGAGCCCGAAUCCCAACCCUCCAACCUGAGGAGGGCCCAUGAGGUAUGCGGUCAGCUGUAGGCUUGGCUCAGGGAAGAGGACGCCCCUGCCUUGCAUAGUCCCUUGGGAUUUUAGCCAUCUUACAGCUAGGCUAAUCCUAAUGAUUGGGCAUGGGACACAAGCUAAGGCUUGAUCACCCUGUAGCUGGCCGUCUUUGAUGAGGGUGUAUAGUGUUUAAAGGCCGAAACACCCCCUGAUUCAAAGGAACACUACUGAGGAUGUGUCCUGAAAUUUUACAUCUAACCCCACUCUUAGGAACAUAUCUCUCCCAUGCCACUCUUAACAUCACGGCAAAUCUCAUGUGAGUGCACACCAUCUAUUGGCACAAUGGACAGUCACAUCACGUCCCGUGUUUUUAUGAAUCUUAUUCAAUACAAGUGUUGCUAUAUUUCACUAUUAGCAAUAAAGUUGGCUAACAGCAGGAGUAGUUGGAUAGUUCCUGGAAGACUGUUAACACCAGUGCUAGGGGGGCAUGAUUUGAGGUUUAUCUCCACUGAUUAUUCACAUUUGAUUAUGCAAGAUUUUGUACGAUCUGGUGUCUGCAGUACACCCACUGUGAAGUUGUAACCACAAAUGUUAAACACAUGGUCUUAAAAAAUCAACCAGAACUGUACUAAAGGGUGUGAUUUUCUGAGGUUUUAAAAUCACCUAAGAUCUAGUGUCAUGCUAACACCACACUCGGAUAAAUUUAUGAAACUGGCACAUAUUUAAAGACCUGAACAUUUUAUGUUUACAUACUUAGUUUGUGCAUAAACUCACUCCCUUUGCAUGCUGCAUUGCAUCUACAUGACAAAUUAAUAUUGAUUUGAUAGGGGGAAAACAUUUGCAGGAUAAAAGUUGCAUUUUAACACCUCUUAAGAAUGACUUUACAUGUAAUCUACUCACUCUCAAUCUCACUCUAAAUCUACUCAGGAAUGAAUUUAUUUGCACCUGCUGUGAACACGAUAUUAAAGUCAUCUAUUGUAAAGUGCCAGUCGGCCUGAGAGGGACAUGCACAGAUAUUCAGGAAUUUCAGAGCUGUCUAAAACUUAGUCACUUUCUUUUUUACUACAUCUGCCCAUAAAAAAGCUCCAUGCAGUACAAUCUGCCUGUGUUAGUAUAGACAAAAGCGUGUGUUUUCUACCUACAUACACACACACACACACACAAUGACACAUGCAGUACUCCUGUUGUAAAUCUUUUUACAGGUGUCUAACAUGAGACCAGAAGAGAUCACUUUUAACAUCCACCAGAAGUGGAAAGUGGGUGUUUUACAACCAGCUGCUGUGUCUGUUUAUGAAUACAAUGAAAGUAAGUCAAAGAAACACUUGAAAGUGUCUCAAAACUAAAAGAUGAUCUGCACAGAGUAGAGCUGUUUCUAACUACCUAUCUGAACAACUUUAUUACAACAGCAGUUUAUACAUGCGUUUCCUGCUGCAUUAAGGUUUUUUAAGGAAUAUCUUAUCACCCAAGUUUAAGCUUGCACGCAUCCUCUAACAUAGUUUUAGGUGAAAAUUGGUGAAAAAAGGUAGUUGUUCAACAAGAGAGCAACAGUGAAUGUUGUGAUAUUAUUAAGUUGAGUUAAUGCACCUCAACAGUUAGGCUACAGCUGCUAAUAGUUUUCAGGGUGCAUGAUAAGAUGCAUUUGGUGUCAUGGCAGAUUAUAACCCUGCUUUCUUAUGGAUUACAUAGCUGUGUUAAAUACUUGUCUCUGAUACAUUUACAGCGACUCUACAGGCAACUGUGUGAAGCCUGAUCCAUAGCAACAGUGUGCUGUUGAGAAAUGUGACAUAUAACAUUUAUGCAGAAUAGAGAACAUAUCCUAAUGUUAUGUGACCUGUGAUCAGUCAUUACUGAAUACUCAAUACAUUUUUUUGCAUGCUGCAGAGGAACGAUGUGUGAAGUUUUACCACCCAGAGAGAAGUGGGGAGCUUCAGAGACUCUGCACAGAAAAUGAAUGUGCAUGUGCUGAAGGUAAACAAAAACAUAUCUACCUAUGAAUUUGUCUGACACUUGAAACUAACCCUUAAACAAAACCAAAAUGUGCGCCUAUCCAUUUUAAUUGAAUAAUCAAUACCUAUUAGUGUUAUUAGUAGUAACAUUAGAUCAUUAAGGCGAGACAUCAAGCAGUCUUUCAGGAAGCCAAAAGAAGCACAGGUGAUUGUAAAACAAGGGAUGAGCGAAGUUCAAGUCAGAAUAUUACUGUAGGCUACUUGAAAACAAUCAUCUGUAAAGCACAACAAUAGCAUCAUAACUCAUUUAAACUGUGGUCAGACCAAUAUAAAAGCACAAAACUGGUUAACCUAAUGCAGCCAGAAAGAGUAGCUGUGCAAAAUCAGAUAUAGUUCAUUAAAAGUGAAGACAGAAGUGAAACAAACAGCGUUCUCUGUUAAUGUGAAGUCAGUAAGUUAACACGGACAAAUCAUAAUAGACUGGUUUACCCAUACUGUCUCACCUGUGAGUGGAUGAUUUAAAGACUUCCAAAGGUAGAAUCCUCAGUUGUUUACACUUACUCACUGACAUGAUUACAAUUAGUCAAAUUAUUAAGGUUUAAACAACCUAAUACCUGGAACACAGAAAAAAAUACAUGAAAAUAGAUGGGUAAGACAUCAAGAAACAGCCUGUCUAUUGGGUGAGACUCUUCUGUGAUUAAUGCGAGAAUAAGAUUUCUCUGGUGUCCCAGUAUUGCGUCAGAAAUAGUAAUUUUAUAUUGUACUGAGAUUAUCUUUUGGGUAGUCUCAUGAUUACUAAUUGAGCCAUCCCUUUUCUGUUGGCAUUUUUUUGUUGUCAUCUGUGUACCUGCAGAAAACUGUAGCAUGCAGAAAAAGGGUCAAAUCAGCAAUCAUGAUCGCACAAACAAAGUUUGUGAAACCACACAGACCAACAAAAUAGAUUUUGGUAAGUAUAUUCUGUUUCCCACACUAAGAUAUUACCUGGGUAAGUUGCCUAAGGAUAAUUCCAUACAUUUUUACUUUUUUCUUUUUUGUCUUUCGAAUAAGAUUGUCACCCAUGAUUAUGAAUGUGGCGAUCUCUUAUUUCCCUCUGUCCCUUGGGGUUCAUCAAGAUGGUUAUGGUGCAUGUGACACAGGCCUUUCAGCUCACAGCAAUCAAAAAUCUAAAAACCUUAGAAUGAAAUUAAAAUACCUAUUAAAAAAGGAUUUAUAGUACAGAAAUAUCAAACUCCUGAAGAAAUUUUUGUUCAUUUAUGCACUUGGUACUUUGUCAGGACUCCUUUUAGCUAGAUAACUGCAUCAAUGUGAUGUGGCAUGGAGGCAAUCAGCCUGUGGUAUUGCGGGGGUGAUAUGAAGCCCAGGUUGCUUUGAUAGCUCCCUCAGUUUAUCAGUGUUGUUGGCUAUCCCCAAGGUUCUGAGUUAGGUCAGGCGAGUUAACUGGCCAGUCAAUCGCCAUGUUCACCAGUCUGGGUUUCUGGUAGUUUUGGCAGUGCUGGCAGGUGCCAGGUCCUGCUGGAAAAGAAAAUAUGUGAACUUUUAUCUAUGAACUUUUUUUUUUUUUUCUUUUUUACUGUUUUUCACAAGGCGAGGUGCAUUAUUUGGGCUUCUUCAUUAAUCAUGCUGGUUACAUACUGUAAUGUUGCCUCCCUCAUCGAAGAUACAGUGUGAUUUUAUGGUAAAUACUGGUUUGUCUUUUUCUGUAAGACUGCGAGUGAGUGGGCUAACACUAUGCAACUUUUUUCUUCUUAGUGUACAAAAUCACAGUUGAAGAUUUUUCAGAUGGUUUGUCAACAGACAUUUAUACAGCAAGAAUAACGGACGUCCUUAAAGAAGGUGUGUAUUAACUUCAUGUCCAUUUUUUCAAUAAUUUCUUGAUAAGCCUUUAUAAGACUGACAUAAAAUUUGCUGGCAACACGUGGUUGGGUAAGGAGUAUUUCAUGCUGAAUAUACUGUAUGUUAGUCACAGUGUUUUAGUUGCACAGAGUUGUGAUUUACAUCAAAUGGAGUUUUAGAGAUCAGUCAGGAUGCUGAGUGAUGAUGAAACUGUACAUAGCACUGUACAUAGCCUUUUGUACUUUUAUACUUUAUAUAUGUCCUGCAUGCUCUUAUUAUUUUCUGUUCUAGUAUUUUAUAUAGUAUUCUCCAUUUAAUGUUGCACCAUCACGCUGUAAAAAAAUUCCUAGUCUAUGAAUCCUGUUCAUUGACAAUGGCAAUAAAACCCCUUCUGAUUCUGAAAUGGUCACCAGAUAGAAAAUGUACAAAAGAGUGGAAUAAGAACAACUUUAUUAAUAAGAAUAAGAACAACUUUAUUAAUAAGAAUAAGAACAACUUUAUUAAUAAGAAUAAGAAUAACUUUAUUAAUCUCCGAAGGGAAAUUCAAUUGUCUGUUGUCUCACAUAAUAUGUCUCCAAAGACAUAUAAUGUGAGACACAUGGUGCUGAAUGUAAAUUAAUGAUCUUAUUUUUUCAUUCCAUGUUUUCCUCCACUGAACUUUGAUAUCAGGAAAUACUGACAGUGCUCCCCUUCGGCAACUGCGAACAUUCCUCAGUUUUCCAAACUGCAGAGCAGCUCUGGGUUUGACACCGGGAAAAACCUACUUAAUUAUGGGAUCAUCCGAUGAUAUUCGACGACUUCAUGAAACUCAGUCGUAUGUUUGUUUUGAAAUUACUUUGUGUGUUUGUGUGAGCUGUGUUUAUGGCUGCCACCAUGAAAAAUACUCCUACUCUUUGCCUGCCUUCUGUGACUCCCCACCAGUAAAAUGAGCUUUAUUUAUCAUCUAAGUUUGGACCCUUUAGAAUUUGGCCAUGACAUUGUUUCUGAGUCAUGCAUACUUAGAAACAAUCAAAUAGUUUAAUUUAACCUUUUUUUCACUGUACUCCCUUUAGAUACCAGUACAUACUUGGAGAAAACACCUGGGUUGAGUACUGGCCAACAAUUGAAGAGUGUCAGACUGAUGACUUCAGACGUACCUGCCUGGGCAUGGAGGAGCUGGUUCAGAUAUAUGAAGACUUUGGAUGCCCUCAGUAA